GUUUGGGAUGUAAAAGCCUUUGUGAGGAUCAAAAUUCUUAACCUUUACCGCUUGUUAUGUAACCGCAGCAAGUCCAGGUCCAGGAGGAUUGUACUUGAAAUGUUGGGACACACACCCAUAAGGUCACACACAAGUUCUCGGGGUAUACACUGCAGCCUUUGUGCUCGGCAGACGGAGUCCAAAUAAAGACUCCACUCAUACGUGUCCUUGGAUCCACUAAAUUAGCCCAACCUUGCCCUUCGAUUAGAUGGUGGCAGGAAAGAAGCGGAGAAAAUGCAGAGCUGCAUAUUAAACCGAUGUGGAGGAAGGAGGAAAUCCUGCUGCCCCUCUGCUUCCUGUGACCUCCUGUCACACACAAACACACCAUCAGGUUGACCCUUCACCUUUCACAACAAGGACAGACAUAAACAGUCUCUCACGUCCCUCAGUUUGGGACAGAUCAGGCACUGAUUUGGAGCAAGGACAAAGACGGACGGGAAACUCCCAACAAAAAUGAUGCAGGCUGCUGCUGAGCUCGCAGCUCUGUGAUGCAGUUUUAUUCAACGUUAUUUCCAGCUUCAUAACCAAUAACCUGCUAAUGUUAAAUACUUGGAUAUUAUUGGUCAAAACUCCAUAAAAAGGUCAUUAAAGGGAUAUUCCAGUGUAAAAUUGAUUUAAGGUCAAGCACACCAUAACACCAAGUUAGGCACCCCGUUGAGAGGUGAAUGUUGCCGACCGCUUGCUUCUCUAAAGUUAUACCAACUCUAGUAAUGGCCGCACGAUAGCAAUACACAGCUGUCUGAGUAACCAUAAACAAACCUCAACCGAAACGCCACUCUAUAGCCACAAAUAAUGCUCAGAACAGCACCUAACUUCAUCAACAGUACAUAUAGGGUCACAGACAUAGUACUAGACACCAAACAUCUUUUUAACUUUGCCUAAUUUCUUUAGCAAAGAGACUAAACACAACUCAACCUACUCUCUUCCAGCAGCUGCUUGUUCGUAGCGAGACCUCGACCAAUCCACCAUCUACUGAGGCGGAGUUUCACAGCACAAGGAAGAACAUUUACGAUCAUUUCUUCAUGGAAAUUCAAUCAGACCGAGACGCUGAGGCAGAAGAACUACCGCGUCUGCAGUGAAAAGUGAAUUAAUAUGAUGAUUAUUACUUCAAGGAAAUGAUAAAGAAAUGAUCAUAAAUGUUCUUUCUUUAGCUUCGUCACCCCGCUGCAGUAAUGGACUGGCCUGAGGUCUCGCUACAAACAAGCGGCUGCUGGAAGAGAGUAGGUGAGCUGUGUCUCUUUUUGUUCUGUUCUGAGCAUUAUUUGUGGCUAUAGAGUGGCUUUUUGGUUGAGGUUUGUUUAUCACAUUUUAGAGUGCAUGAUUUGACCUCUUUCUGUUGACAAUGUGGCAAAAAAUAUUGAUUUCAGAUAAAGAAAAAAUCAGACAGGGAUGCUGCUGAGACACAGAAGGAGCUGCAGAGUGAAAGAGACAUCUAACAAAUUGAAGAAAGCAGACCAAGUUACCACAAACCACAACUAGGUAUGUGUUUGGCUGUGUUGGGUGAAAAAGACAACAGAUUGGGGGAUGUUGUGAACACAGAGGUAGAGAAAUGAAGGGUGUCUGUCUGUGUGUGUCUAAUUGUUGGGGGUCAGCGGUGUAACAGAGAUGAGGUGAUCUCCCUCUGGGCUUUGCUGUGGUGACUGGAGCAUAAAAAGUGGUUUGACUGCUCAAUCAGGUCACGUGAAGUCGGUCAGGAGGAGAACCGCAGACGUUUCCCAUGGUGGUCGGCCUAAUCUGCCAGACAUACGCCUCCCUGAGGGUGAGCACCCUCUGCGGCACGAGAUUCUGGGAGUCAGACAACCCGAAAAUCCCGCACAUGUUCACUUCAAGCCAAAGACUUUUACUCAGCGAUCACUUUGUGGUUUUUGUUUAGUGCUUUUUUUUCUUCUUUAUGGCAAAGAGCCCAGUUUGGUCUAAAACAACAGCACAAACGUGACAUUUUGUAGAUUUGAAAGUGUUAAAUUCUCCAUGCUCAAAUUCCCCUCUCUGCACUGAGGAUAUCUGGGCCACACCGGGAGGACUCUCUUAUGACUCAUAAACACAUUAGCAUGACAUUUAUGUGGAGUAGAGCGCACUGACUCUGUCUGUGUGCCAGAGAGACGGAUUCAGGAAUCUAACUGCUCUAAAUAUGAGCUACUCAGACUUUCCACGAGGUUGCUCUGCCCGAUCAGGUCCAGCGCUGACAUAAACGGACAGUAACACUUAAUUUGUCGAACCAUAUUCCCAAAGCUAUCACCGACAUUAUGCAUAUGACCUAUUUUCUACUUGUAGCACAGAGAAUAUUCAAAUCAGGGCUUGCACUGUGAUAAAUAUUUCAAUAAAUAUUUUGCAUCAAUCUGCGCACGGUGUAAAACCUCAUAACUGUUGGGACUGGAGUGAGGGAGUCUGCAGCUUCUUUACACAUGCACUCCUGAAAACGUUCUGAAAAUUUCUAUGAUAGUGUGUCCUAAAAGUUUGCACUUGUUCACACGUGUCCCUAACAAUGUGAAGUUUUGGGAUGGCUGUGGAUCAGCGCUGGUGUUGGACAUUUCUUGGUUACAGGGUUGGUGACUUGUUUGUAGCAAGACCUCAGGCCAGUCCAUUACAGACUACAGCGGGGUGACACAGCUCAAGGAAGAACAUUUAUGAUAAUUUCUUCAUGGAAAUGCAAUCAGACCGAAACGCUUAGGCAGAAGAACUACCGUGUCUGAAGUGAAAAUGAUUAAUAUGAUGAUUAUUACUUUAAGGAAAUGAUAAAGAAAUGAUCAUAAAUGUUCUUCCUUGAGCUGUGUCACCCCGCUGCAGUAAUGGACUGGCCUGAGGUCUCGCUACAUACAAGUGGCUGCUGGAAGAGAGUAGGUGAGUUGUGUUUAGAGUCUUUUCUAAAGAAAUGAGUCAAAGUUAAAAAGAUGUUUGGUGGCUAGUACUAUGUCUGUGACCCUAUAUGUCCUGUUGAUGAAGUUAGGUGCUGUUCUGAGCAUUAUUUGUGGCUAUAGAGUGGCGUCUUGGUUGAGGUUCGUUUAUGGCUCCUCAGACUGCUGUAUAUUGCUAUUGUGCGGCCGUUACUAAAGUUGGUAUAACUAGAGAAGCAAGCGGUCGGCAACAUUCAUCUCUCGAGGGGGUGUUUAACUCAGUGUUAUGGUGUGUCUGACCCUAAAUUAAUUUUAAGACGGAAUAUCCCUUUAAGGGCAUAAUCAAUUUCACCUCAUCUCUGUUAUACCAAAUCACACGACUAUGUCACUGGGAGUAGUGUUGGUUAAUUUUACGUAGCUUGCAUCUUGUAUCCCUAGAUUGCAGGUUGCAGGUUGCAAGGUGUAGCUUGCAUCUUGUACCAUCACUUUGCAGAAUGUAGCUUGACUCUUGCAGCUUUAAGUUUGCUGCCUGUAGCUUGUAGUUUGCAGGUUGGAGCUCACAAGUAACAGUUUGCAUCUUAAAAAGCCCAGUUUGCAGCAUGUCGCUUGUAGGUUGUAGCUUGUAGCUCGCCUACAGCCUGCAGGUCACAGUUUGAAGCAAGUGAACAAAUUUACUUAGUGUGGGCAGGAAACAGCCCACAAUAAAUCAGGAUGGAAAUUUUUGCCAGGACUUUUUUUGCAGCUCACAUUGAAAAUAAGACCUUUUGUUUGGGUCCUUGUGGACUGCUUAAAUAGGUUUUCCUAUUUUUCCUCUCUGCUUUAACUUUUCCCCAUUUGCUUUUUAGCAAACAGCUUUGGGAAUUAAGUUCCCUUUAAAAACACAUGGUUAGGUCCUCACAGCCCACGCUUGGUGCCAGAGUGCAAAGAAAAUAAACACAGUCUGGAUGCAUGAACCCAAAUCUUCAGUCAUUCCUGGAUAGCUGACAUUCAGAUCACUCUCAUCUUGGCCAGUUUGUUCAGGUGUCACAUCAGGAUCUUGCUGCAGGACUUCAGUUUCUCUCACUCUAAACUGGAUUGUGCCGGUUAGAAGAGGGUUCAGUGUGAUAAUCCUGCUGAUGUGAACUUCCAGAAAUGAGUCGUUGCAGUCUCUGAGUGUCUGCAAAUCCUCUCUUAGUUUAAAAUUUUUGGAAAAUCAAUCAAACAUGCAAUCUCAGUACAAAGACAUCACAGAUUAUUUUUCCUCAGAUGUUUGCAGCAGGAGUUUGCAGUCGAAUAUACGUGUAGGAAAAAUGAGUGAAAUUAUUUGCUUUCUCUGCUACUUAAAUAAAUCUAUGUUAUUGGGGUCAAGCCUCUAACUCGCUCCUGUGGGAAACAGUUUAAGCCGAGCUGUUUGUGUUAUGUCUGCAGAAUGUCACGUUGUUUAGGACAGAGUGCUGAGAAUUCGACAUUUGUCCAAAAAGAGACACCUACGACCAAACAAAUGACUGAAUACAUUAAAACAUCUGCUCAUGCUUGACCAUUGGAGUAAUGCACACAGGAAGUGAGACCCCCUCCUUCUCUGCGGAGGCAGGAAUGCUUUAAUUGAGACCAUGUGUGUUGUAGAAACAAGCUCUCGCCCUCACUCUGUCUCUGUCUGUGUGUGUGUGUGUGUAACCUGAAGGCUCCCCCUCCUUAUGUAAGAGCCUUAAGUCUGCAGUUUUUCUGAUUUGGGGACAGUCUUUUAUACCUUAGAUUUGCGGCUAUUUUGAGUGUAAUGAUGCAAUAUAUUAUUUUAAAGAAUUUCAGGUUAGUGUGAAGUGCUUUCGGAUUAGUUCGACAGAGAAGUGCCGCUUGUGCAAACAUCAUCACAAACAUGUCUGUCUUUUCUUGAAAUGUGUUGCCUUUGUGAUACUGCUCCUGCUCUUCAAAGGGCGGCUGACAACAACAUGAAACACUGACAGACGGAAGCGAGAGAAAAUCUGUGGAAGCAAAUCACACCCAAAAAAGAGUAUAUUGGUUCAAGUAUAUUCCUGAAAAUAGGAUUUGAUGCAGAAAAAUGAAAGCUCUACCACAUCCAUUUAUCAUUUGGUUUUUAGUAUUACCCCGUAAAUCCAGAGAUUUCACUCAAAUCAUUCAAUGAUAUUAUGUAUAAUUGUUAAUAAAAUCAUCAUUCCAAUAUUACAGUCCCCAUUUGUGGAACAAUCUACCUACAGACCUGAGAGCGACACCUACUGUUCAUAUUUUUAAAAGUAAACUAAAGACCUACCUUUUUAUUCUGGCUUUUAGUUGAAUUUUCUUUUAAUCUUUUAAUCUGCAUUAUUCGGUUUUAGGCUAUUUUAGUCCUAGAGUAAUUAUUUUGUGUUUUAUUACCUCUUUUUUAAUUUACUCUCUUUUAUUGUUCGAUUUUAAGACUUUUAUUCAAUUAACUUUUAACGUUUUAUCACCUUCAUUAUAUUUUAUCAUGGUUUUAUCGUUUUAGUCCGAGAUCCAGAGUUUUCUCAUCUUUUUUAACUCAAGAUAGUGUUUCCUCAGUCAUCUGUGGCAAGUUGAAUAGUCCUCACCUGGUCUUUUAUGUACGCAUCUGUGUGUGUUUAAUGGGGGUUGGGAGGCUGGGUGGGGUUUGGUAUUUGUAUUUAUUUUAUGUCAUUGUUUUUUUUAUAUAUCAUGGGCGAAUGGACAGCACUUUUCAGAAGUGCUUUAAAGAUAAAGUCUAAUUGACUGAUUGAUUGAUUAAAAUUCUUUGCAGUUUUGUGCUCAGGAACAUUAUUUUGAGAUUGUUGAAUGAUUUGCUCACAGUCUCUCAUAGAGAAGUGAAUUUCUUCCCUUUUGUACAACUGAAAAAACUACUGAGAAACAAUUUUUUAACCAAUGUAAUUUUUUUUCUUUUUUUAGCAUUACACAACUUUUUUUCAGUUUUGUUGUCCCUAUGUCACUUUUUCCAUUUUUUUUUACAGGCUUUAAAAAAAUAAAUGGACAUACUUUUUGAUUCAAGACACUUUUUUGUUUCAACUUUAAACAUGUUUUUUUUUUUUGCAGUAUUUGAAAUGAAUAAAACCAUCAAAUCUGUUUUUAUUCGUUUUUUUCUCUUAAAUGGGCCUAUAAAUAAAACGUUCUUGAAAUAUCUAUCUAAGAAUGAUUCAUCAACUCUUUAGGAAUUGAUCGGAACAUGCCGAUAAUCGAUAAUAAUGAUAUAGAUAGUUCUAUAGCAUCAGUAUUGACAGAGGUCACGUGAGCGCUGAUGAAAAUGUGAGGCUGGGUUGGGAUCAAACUAAAAUCAAGGCAUAGAGACUAUUUUCUGUUUAUUAUUUUCAGAGUAAAAUAAUUCCGCUAACGUUUUGUCUACUGUUUUUUAUUUUGAAGGUCUCAUAACUUCCACUUCCGGUAUAGUUCCGGGUGUGUGUGCUCGAAUUUGACGCAGCCGUGUCAACUACUCUCCCGAUACUAGUGGAGUGAAGGCGUAUUUGGAGGGAUAACGAUAACACGCUCGGCCAGUGUGGGAGAAAAGACACCGCUGCUGCUGCUGCUGUUACUGCUGUUGCCACGGACACACACACGCAGUAACACACAGACACACACACCGACUGCUUGAACCGGAGGGACUGUCCUCGCGACUGUGAGGCGUAAAUGGCCACAACAUCCUCCAAAAGAAGAAGACGCUUACCCGCGAGACAACCUGUGCACCAGAUGCGUCCUGGAAAUUAAGACGCGUUUUUUUUUUUUUUGCUGAAAUUCAGACCCCCUCUUUUUCUCGCGAGUUUGCUGCUGUCAUCGUCUUAUUUUGGAGGGGGGGGAUCCGGAUCAAUAAGCUGCAAUCAUGGACGAGGAGAACCAAGGUAGGAUUGAUCAGAAAGGCUGGACUUGAGGCUGUUCCUGCACUGACAGUCAGGAGACAUGUGCCUGUUUAGUCUGAGGGUGUAAAAAUAGGAAUUAUGAUGAUAGUGAUAAUAACGGUGUGGGUCCUGACUUUGGCCUGUAAUGUCAGGGUUGUUUGACUUGACAUGGAGAGAGUUUGAAAACAGGCACUAGUGGAGGAUCUCCUCAGCCCACAGUGAUGCACCUUCCUCAGAUACACUGGCAUGAAGUUACCCUCACACAAAAACAGUUGAAUGUCUUACUCCAACCUUGAAAAUAACAAACAUAAUGACUUACAAAUGCUUCAGCGUCGUAUUGUGUUCUGACUUUGUUUGUCCAACAGGUCUCCUCCUCGCUCGGGUUCAAUCACUGACUCAUUCACUUCAUUAAAUCUGGGGUUUUGUUGGAGGAAUGUGUUGGCACAGAUGUGUCAGAGCAACACAAGAGCCCGAGGAGCAGAUUUACUCCACAUGCAGAUGUUGUUGAGCAUACUUUUGGAUCGGAGGGGGUUGACACAGUUUUAAAGAAGCGCUGCCCUGGAUACUAAAUUAUUUACCGCUGCUUUAUUUAUUCAGCGUGACAAAAAAGUGCUAGAUGAGUAACAGAGAAAAUAUUAUAAACCAAUAACAGCUCUUAGUGUCUGUUCUGUCUUUGUGUUUGUGUCACAUGAUGGUCGUUUUGUGUGUCUCAGUAGUCGUUCUGCAUCACUUUAUUUCAUAUUUUUCUGCAGUUUUGACCUGAUUAAUAGUUUUGAAUCUCUUAAAAUGCAGUUUUCUAUUCCAGGUCUGUGAGGUUUUUUCUCUCUUUGCAUCUCUAUGGAUGUUGAACGCAACUUUGUGGUUGUUUAAUAUGAAUUUUGGGCACUUUUGCCUCUCCUUUUGGUUGCUUUACGUCUGUAACUGUUCAUUUAUUUCAUUUUUUGUUAGUUUUCUGUGCUUUUGCAGAUGUUUUACAUCUCUUUGUGUGCUCCUCUGUCUCUUUUGGCCACAUUUAUGCCACCUCACAACUUUGAGGUUGUUUAUUUUGAAUUUUGGGCACUUUGUUGCACCUUGUGUUUAUUUUGCCUCUCCUUUUGGUUAGUUUACGUCUGUAACUGUUCAUUUAUUUAGCAUUUUUGCUGUUUUUUUUGUGCUUUUGCAGAUGUUUCACUCAGUGCCGGCUGCAGAAACAAAUGAGAGGAGGGGCAUUACAUUUUUUCAGGGGGGCACACUUAUUUAAACCUGUAUUUUAUCUGCUUCAAGGUCCUUACACACCGGGGCCGACACAAAUAUAGAACACGAAAUCGCGAAAUAUUCGGAGGCGAAUUUUGACGCGCCUGACUAUACACAGGGUGAAAAAGACGUAUCCCGGAGAGGACUUUUCCGUGGAAAGUCCCGCCUCCGUCGCCUCUAAUUGGCUAGAAAAGCUGGAAACGUCAUCAUGCGCUUAAGCUGCUUGGUUCAGGAGCUGAAACUGGACCACGGUCGCUUCAAAACCUUUUUUCGGAUGUCCGCUGAACAAUUUGAAGUUCUGCUGAAACAAUUAGCUCCAAGUUUGAAGAGUCAGAGGACUAGACUCUAGUGUUGAGAUGGCUUUCUGUCAUGAGAGCAUGUACUGAGUCGCGGCCAGUACCAGAUAAGCACAUGAAACUAUGGUAACAACCGUUAGCUUACGUUAGCACAGAUGAAAGUUAAAACAAAAACACAAAACAGGCUAAAGAGAACCCUCUCUAGCCUGUUCGAUUCUUAUCUUCAAUAUUCAAAAACCAACUUUCUCACUGUAGAGACGGGCACCACACAUUUCUAGUUUCUUAAGUUACCAACUUGCAGGAGAGAAACUAUUACCCGUGUGUAAGAGUAGUGUUCAGCGCCUGCAGAGCUGCAGGAUACGAGUGUUUGCCGGAGUGCUGCAAUGCAUGGCAUGCAGGCAUAAAGCUGUCAUUGUGCCGGCUCGGCCUCCAGCGGUGGCACAUGUCAGCACAGCCUCACGGACAGACAUAUGGUGCGAUGCCAACCGGGGAUACCUCGCAGCAGCAGAGAGCCAGCAAACACACACAUAUGCACACGCACAAAUGGUUACUGACAUAUAUAUUCAAGGCUUCACACUGUUACACAUGAAAAUAAUAGUGAGCAUUGUCCACGUCGUUGCAGCAGGCUGAGUCAGGUCGUCACGGGCAGCAGGAGUCGAGGAUGAAAGACUGCGCUGAUUGGAUGUAAUGAAGGUGGCAGGUUGGUUGGAAAUCUCGCAACAGACUCGUUCCUAAUAAAGAGAUGCAUGCGCUCUUUGCCAGGCAACAAGUCGUCGGAGGGGGGAGGACAGAAAGUGACGGACAGAAUGAGCGACCGGGCUCUCAGAUGGAGAGCAGACAGCGACAUGAACGAGAGGAGGGAAAGAGCAUGUGACUGCGAAAAGAGCGACGGUGAGACGCAGCAAUGGGUAGAGAAAUGUCUGUGAAACAAAAAAUGAGAGAGCCAGACAGGAGACGUGUGUGUGUGUGUGUGUGUGUGUGUGUGUGUGCAGACAGAAUCAGGGAGGUGGGAUGAAGUGCUAGAGCAAAGCUGGAAAUAGUCCAAAGAAGUGUGGAGUGCCAGAAGAGGGAAAGACUGAGGAAUAUUGGUGGUGGGCUCGAUAUUCCAACUGGAUCGAUUCCCUGGAGGAUUACAGUAGAGUCUCCCAGUAAAAGCCCGUCUGUUCUGCCAUAAUUAACCCAAUGAAGAAGAAGAAGUGGCCGUCUAUAACCACCUGCUCUACCAGGUCAUACUUCUUAAGGAGUUUUCAUUUCUUAUCCCUCUCACACACUCUGAAGGUGUCAGGGUUGGUGGAGUCUAGACUGGAUUAUCUCAACAGUUGCGCCGCUCUUGUGCAGAAAUUCAUGACCCUCAGAGGAUGACUCCUUAGACUUUCCUCCAAUGUCAACCCGGAGCUCACAUUUCUUGGUUAUGAAGGUCAUUUCCACAAACAGAAAUCGGUCUCAUGGUUAAAGGGAUAUUCUGGUGUAAAAUUGAUUAAGGGUCAAGCACACCACAACACCAAGUUAGACACCCCAAUGUUGCCGACCGCUUGCUUCUCUAGUUAUACCAACUUUAGUAACGACCGCAGGAUAGAAAUACAGAGAAGUCUGAGGAGCCAUGAACAAACCUCAACCAAAACUUUUUAGCUUUGCCUGAUUUUUUUAGCAAAGAGACUAAACACAACUCACCUACUCUCUUCCAGCAGCCGCUUGUUUGUACGGAGACCUCGGGCCAGGCCAUUACGGAACUCAAGGAAGAACAUUUAUGAUCAUUUCUUCAUGGAAAUACAAUCAGACCGAGACACUAAGGCAGAAAACGUCUGCAGUGCAAAAUGAUUAAUGCAGGGAUUAUUACUUCUUGGAAAUGAUAAAGAAAUGAUCAUAUAUGUUCUUCCUUGAGCUGCGAAACCCCUCAGCAGUCGGUAAUGGACUGGCCUGAGGUCUUGCUACAAACAAGCGUCUGCUGGAAGAGAGUAGGUGAGUUGUGUUUAGUCUCUUUGUUAAAGAAAUAAGUCAAAGUUAAAAAGAUGUUUGGUGGCUGUGACCCUAUAUGUCCUGUUGAUGAAGUUAGGUGCUGUUCUGAUCAUUAUUUGUGGUUAUAGAGUGGCGUCUUGGUUGCAGUUUGUGCGUGGAGACGUACACCGCUGUGUAUCGCUAUCUUACGGUCGUUACUAAAGUUGGUAUAACUAGAAAAGCAAACGGUCGGCAACAUUAAUCUCUCAACAGGGUGUCUAACUCGGUGUUACUGUGUGUUUGACCCUAACUUAAUUUUACGCCGGAAUAUCCCUUUAAGUUCGAACCCGUCCCCCACUAAAAAUCCUAAAAACCAGAACUUGUUUUUCUUCUCCGAUGGUUGUCCUGCCUGUAAGGACUCAGAGAAAAUGGGACCAUCACAAUCCAGCUGACAUGCAUAACAGUCCACAACACAAUGCCUUCUGCUACAAUAGUCUCUGAAAGCACAAUGGAGCGACCGAAGCCCACAUAGCUCCUCUACAGUAAAGCCCGUCCAGCCUGUCUGUUUUUGCAUGACUGAGUCUGACAGUGUAUUAAAUGUUCGGUAUCUCUGCGUCCUCUUCCCCGGGUACAGAGUGGAGGCUUUGUUUCUGUGCGAGCUGCGUGCACGCAGUCCUCGAUGGAGAGUUGACGAGUGACGGACAUAUGGUAUGAAUCAGAGCAUUUAUGCUUUAACACUGACCCGCACGAGCGCCGCUUCAGACCGCUCUGUUUACACACUGUGAAAAAAAAGGCCAUUUAAACUUGGCGGCUCGGCGAGUGAGUGUGUGUGCAUCAGUGUGUGGUCUGUGGGGUUAUGGCACACUGCAGCCCAACCCAAGCGGAGGGCGAGCUUUGAGAUCUCCGAGUCGUUCAUCUGCCCGCCGCAGAACGGUGCCAAGAGUUUUCUGCUUCAUUCAGGAUCGGCGUUUUUUGUCUGUGGAGUAGAUUUGCAGCUGUUGUCUUCUCCCCUUCAGCCCACACGCUGUCAGGAGGAUAAGAGAGGAGCGUCUCAAAGUAUUCAUUAAGUCUAGGAACAAAUUGUGCUUUCAAAGUAAACACUUCUCCGACUGAAUAUCUUCCCUGUCCAUAUUUUCACUUUAGGGAAGAGUUAGCUGCUGCAGAUAUCGACAGAGAGAGUGGAAGGCAGUGGAUGUUCACGUCGAGCCUGAGGAUGCUCUGGCGGGCUGUGAGGGUCCGUCUGCAGGGAGACGGUGAAAGAUGGGAUGUUGGGUUCGAGGCGUCCGGCUCUAAAAGGUUCUGUGCGAGAUAUUUUCCAAAUCAGAGUCUCUGAACUCACAAAAAAGGUGAAUUUGUAAAGCUCUGGAAAUUACAGCGACUGAGAAUCAACUGAAGAGCUAAAUUUUAGUCUUGCAACAGUUUCAGAUCAUAUUCUUGGUGGGGUAGGUAGGAUCUGAGGACCCUCCUGUACAGCCUCUUUGUCUCUCUGCCGUGUUUCCUCACCACUCGCUCGCUCGCUCACUCGGUUGGCCACGCACCAGCAGUCCAGCCCAGCACGGCUCAGUAGCUGCUUUAAGAGGAGACCUCUGACUCCUACACGCUGCUCGACGUUUUCCUGUGUAGACUAAAGUCUGCGUUUCAUCUCGGACGAAAAGGUCAGCGAACACUGAGGGUCUUUGUUGAGUUUGGCCUCAGAGAAUAUCAGAUAGCACCACGACAUCCCCUACACGGUUUAAGUCGGACUCUGCAGACAUUAAGACAGACUAACCCCCAUAUGGAAGUCCGCUCUCUGGGUUUGGCUCCGGUGCGUGAUCUACUUGCAUCAAUAAAAGUUUAAAGUGAACUCGAGGAGUGUGUUCAAAUCCUCCUGGACCUCUGCUCUGUUUUCCCUGCCUAAGAAAACCGGUUUGAAGUUCUUUUUCUAAGUGGCUCAUGGCAAGACUUAAUUUCAGUCUGGAGUUUUUAAAGAAAGGAUCCAGUUUCGUCUCGAUCUGACAGACAGGGCUGACUGGCGAAGGCCUGCUGCUCAGCAGAGUCCUGGAUUUGGAUCUGUCUUUUUUGAAUUAGGGCCACUGAGAGGAGACAGGAGGCGAAAUUCACCUUUUUUCUCCUCUGGAAGGAGAAAUCAGAGCGUGCUAAAGGUCCCAGGAGGAGUCUGAGGCCGUGUUCUGGAGUGAGUUUUUGGGUAAAGAACGUCCUGCUCCACUCAAGCCUUUCGGGGAGUCAGGGUUCAGGGCUUCCUUUAGAGCGUGUGUGUGUGUGUGUGUGUGUGUGUGUGUGUGUGUGUGUGUGUGUGUGGUUCAGGAAAGAGAAGGCCGUGCAGAGUGGACAGGAAAAAGGAGAGCUGGAACAAUUAUGUAAGCUCACACAGAUUGUUUGACCUGCUGAAGAUGCAGGAAAAAGGUGUAUCCCCCUCUGACCGCCAGUACAUCCAGUUUUUCACACCCAGGAAAACACAACACACACUUUAACGGUCUAGUUUUUUGGCAGGCGGCGUCGUUACACAACUCUGAUUUUGACCAGAAACAAACAGAAACAGGUUUUUAUUUUGCUCGUCUGUCUGUCUGGCUUUUCUCUUAGUUUAUUUUGAGCGUGACUCGACCUUUCCUUAGCUCAGCUUCUUUUGGAAAUGAACUCAGAGAAGCAGUGUGAUAGGGAAAAUGCGAUCAUUAAAUCACUUAAUCAUUGAAAAUUGCUUCAUUUUUUUCUCUCCAAAUCAUUUUACAAAGAAAACUUCAAAACCGUGGAAAGAAAUCAUAAUUCUGCCUCUUAGAGAAAAACAAGUACCAUCUCUUCUGUGUGGACCCCAGAUAUUGUUGUCCACAAGCCCCGCCCCUUCUUGAUUCUGAUUGGCCAGUGGUUAAGCAGUGUUCUAAUGCUGCAUUCCAAUGAAGUCGGAUGUCGGAGCUGGGAGUGACGUUACGCCCAGGUUGCAAUUGAUUUUUGUAGAGGAAAGUCCCGCCUCCUUGAUUGAUUGGCUAGAAAAGCUGGAAACGUCAUUAAACGCUCAAGCUAAACGUGAGCUGUCAGCUCUGUACAUCGAACAGAAAUACAAAAAACAUUAUCGCACUUCUGAAUCUCCUAAAGCUAACCUUCAUCCUAACCCAACAGACAAUGAUGUUUCACAGCCAUUAGGAAUAACCAAUCGGAGCCCAGCACUUCUACCCAAUCAGAGGCAAAGGAGGGCGGGACCUCCGCUGUUGUUAGUUUUUGUUAGUUAUACCACUUGUAAACAACGCACAACACAGUAUUUUACUCUUACAAACACCAUAGCACCGUGUUCACAGUUAGACUCUGGACAGUACAACAUGUACCACAUAAUACAUUACAAGAGCUUUUACUGUUACUCUUUACUGUUGAUGCACUGCGCUGCCAUCUUGGAUAAUGACGUUGUCUAACAAGUUAACCUAGAGAUGAGAACCAAACUGGAUGAUAGAGAAUUUUUUUUAGUGUCAUUUACAGCUGAUUUAAGACACGGGUCAAAACCGAGGAGGAAGGUUAAAAUCACAGUAUAAACUCCAUAAUGUUGUCGUUCAUGGUCUUAUUUGCUCUUGUCUAUCGUGAUAAAGCAUCAAUGUGAAUUUCAGUAAAUAGUCGACACUUGUGACACAGACUCAGAUAUUCUGAUUCAGGUCUGUCUCGCCUUGCUAAACACUUUAAGCGCACUUCUGUGUCUGGCUCUGUAGUGGACAUCCCCGCUCUGCUCUGUCCCAGGCCGAUCUGUGUGUGUUUGUGUGUGUUGAGAACAUCUGGCCCGCCUCCAGCCUCUUACAGCCCUUUUGUCUCCCCCCCCGGGGGGCUCGUGGCACUGCCACUGCAACGCCAGCCCUGCUUUUAAGAAGGGAUUUGUAACACUUACUCAGGGGGUCAACGUGUCAGUAAACUACCGCCGCACACUCUUUGCCAGAUUUCUUUCUUUUUUUUUUGCAAAGUGGGCAUGUUUCCACCGCCUCCUCCCACUCUCUUUUUUGCUGCUGCAUCAUGCAAAAUUCAUCCCUCCUUUCACAGCUGCGGCCGCCUGGCGCUGUGAUGAUGAAGGUGGAGGUGUUUGCAGCCGUCCUCCUCUCUCCCUCAUACACCGGCUCGCCGCUUUCCAGAAUGACAGCCGCUCUCUGUUUGUCACCGCAAAGAGCGCAGCGAGGAAUGACCGCGUGACACAGCGGCUCUCGUGCAACCUGUCAUUGUGUUUAUCCCACAUGCGUGCGCUUGUGUUUGUACCGUGAGUCAGUUUGUGUAUGUUUAGAGGAAGGAGACGGAGGAGGAGACGUGCGGCGGUGACACAGAUUCAGACUCGGAGGGAAAACGGAUGCUGCAUUCAGAUUCUCAAAGUAGGUUAGUGGUGCAGCGCUCGGCCCAGCUGUGUGUACCUCAUCGUCUCUGCUUCCACUCUAUCACUUGUAGAGGCCUGUGUGUGUGUGUGUGUGUAAAUGUGCACGCAUGACUGUGAGUGUGUGCAUCUCUUUAUAUGGUGUGCCGAAGAGGAUUAGCGAGCCCUCUCCAUGGGAAGACAAAUGGAGGAGAUCAAGUAGGGAGGGAUAUGGAUGACAGUUAGUGGAUUAUAGGUCAGGGGCUAGGGCUGCUCACUGUCACUUUACAACCGGAGUUACGCACUCACACACAAACUCACACACACUCACACAGCGCGUAUAAACAGGAUUCAAUCACAACAAAAAGGCAGCCACAGAAGAAAAAAGAGAUAACCUCACUUGUGUUUUCUAUUUCUGACACUGGAACCAUCUGUUAUAGUUAGUGUGUCGCCGGGAUUUUCUUCCCCUCGCUCCACAUUGUUGUUAUUUUUAGCCUCUUUUCCUUCUGCUCUGACCCUGGAUUUUGUAAAUUUGUUUCAGAGAUAUGUCUCUCUGCUGUGAAACACAAAAAAGAGUCGACCGGGAUGGCGCCAGAGUCACUCACGAGAACUUUGUGCACACGCUUUCUCUCUCCUCGACAACUCACACCUCCUUAUGCAUCAGUGUCAGAGCUCCCACAGAUGAUGAUUGUGUGACUUUGAGUGGGUCGUGACCGCGCAUACACACCCACGUAUGAAGUAGCCUGAGGGUAUCUCAGAGGGAGGGUGAUUUACAGUGGCUCUGGGGCGCAGGUUCCUUCACACAUGUAUUUAAUCUCUUCGUUGACCUCUGUCAGGCUGGAUUAGUGUCACACAGUCAGUGUGUGAACUGCAGCUAACCUUAAGAAAGUGCUAUUUUUGUUAAGUUCCUUUAUAUGAUGGACUACCUAAACUAAAGUAUGUGUUUCUUGUGUCCUCCUUGGGGAAAUAUCAGUCAAUAAUAUUGAACCAGCAGCAGUCCGCCAACUCCUGGAGCUCCCAGGAGAUCUGCACACGCUCACAGGCUGUCAAAAGCUCAUACAUGCGCUCUGUCUGAUGGUUGAAAUAUCGCACUUUUAGCACUUUCCCUAUAGAAGUCUUAGAGAAAGCGUGAACCAAUCUGCUAGUUUUUGACAGGGUUGACUCCCCGUUCCCUCUUAUGGCCACCUCAUAUUCCUUAAGUACAAUUUUCUAUGUUUCCACUCAGAGAUGGUUUUAAAACUCAAACUAACACCGAUGACUGAAUGUGGAGUGGAUAAUGUGCCUGAAUUCCUCCUAUUUUGGGGAUGAGUCCAAAGUCAAAGGCGUUAGCACUGCAGCUCCACAAGCUAAUGCUCACUGCAGGAUCAGUCAGAGGGGAUUUUGGCUUUACUUUUGUGCAGUAGGAAGAAGUGGAGGCACCUCCUUCAACUUUGUACAAUUAAAGGUUUCAAUUACCUUUAAAGAAAGUUGGUGUUUUAUACUCUGACGUUUGUAGAUCCGUCUUUUUUGAGUCACUUAAGAACUUAACAGAAAUGACUUGCAUGCUACCAGUUUGUUUGGUUAUCUACUUAAAGACCCACUCUGAUGAAAAUCAUGUUUUUCUUGUUUUUACAUAUUCAUAUGGCACAGGACAUAUCAUGAGAAAAAUAGGUGCGAGAUUACAUUUCUGAGUAUUUCUGCGUUCAAAUCGCUGUUAAUAUCUGGCAGACCGAAACGGCAGGUUCAGACACAGUGAGACUUCCUAUGUCACAAAUCCAAACUCCGCCCUCAGAGCCCCGCUAUGCAGGCCAGGCUCAGAGGAGUAGAGAGGAUGAUCUUGGAAUAAGCGUGUGCGUUAGCCAAUUGAAAUGCUCGUAAGAAAGUUAAUUAUGAUAUUAGCAGUCAUCAAGUCCCUAAAGACAAUUGUGUCCGAGAGUCGAAAAGCUCCUAUGUUACCUGUUUCUUCUACUUCACCAGCAAUGUUAGGCACUGUCUCCGCAAAUUGCUAAUGAUCUACUGGAGCUCUGCAGAAGAAAAGCUCUUAAAAAUGACACAGGCUACGUGAUUUUGGCUAAAAACUUCAUAAUUACAGUUUAAAGACCAGUGAGAACAUUUUAGGUUGUAAAAAAAAUAAAGAUCUGAGUGAAACUUCUCUAAAAUUGACAGUAUAGGAAACUCACAUCUGUGUAAUACUUAAUAAGUAAUGUCGGUAAGACAUAUGAGUACAUGCUAAGAUACUUCAUGAUCCUCCUUCAGUGAUCCAGUUUUGACACCUCGUUGAAACAAGUCUGGACUCACCCCUGCUCUUUGGACAGAUGAGUUUACUCCUAAACUUUGUUGAAAACACUCCCAAGUUUUAUCUAAAUUCAUGUGAAGAAGCAGAAAAGGAGGAUUAGUGUUCAGUUUCACAUCUCAUCCUCCGCAGAUUUUUCUCCUGUUUCCCGGCUGUAAUAUCCCCAUCAGCUGUGGGAUUAAAUGAAGAAUUUCAUGUUGUAAUAAUGAAAUAAUGAGCGGGUCUACUCCCGGCUGAAAACCUCCUGGCAAGAUUGUAGAUUGCGUUCAGUAACAAGAGAGUUUCUAAAUAUUUCCAAACAUGAAGUGAUUAUGAGGCUCAGCACUUUGUGAUUAAGCAGUUUUUCCAUGAACUUUUCUCCGUCCUCUUUAUGUUCUCAGCAGAGUUUUCUUUUUUUAACUUUGACUAGGCAAACUUUUGAUUAUAUUGUCCAUCAAUUUUGAAAGACUAAUGUGCAAACGCUGAUAUUUUGCAUCCAGUUAGAGAGCAACAUUAUUGUUCAGUAAGAGUGAAGGUUCAGAUGAGUUAGAGUACGCACGUUCAAACUAAACUCGACUUCUUAGAGGAAUAUCUGACUGUUAGGGCCUGUGUCCACUAUGAUCUUAAUUUAAUCACACUUCUCACCUGUUUCACUAUAGCUGUAUACUGCACUUCAGCUCCUGUUUGUUAUGACCUUUAAGUCCUUUUUAAAAUGACUCUGUAUGCAUAUUUAUGAUUAAUUAUUAUUUAAAGAAAUUUUGCAAGAAGAGAAAGAAAAUUGAAAAAGCAGCUCCUCACCAAAAAUUUGUGACCAAUAUUAUGGCCUCCAUAUUAACAGUUUUUGUUGACAUAUUUGACAUUAAACUGAGUGAUUUUUAAUGGUAAAAUGGUGCGAACAGUGUAGAAAACGCCCUCAGUGGACACAGGCCCUGAAGGUUUACUCGCAGAAAUGACGCCCUGUUAACGCUGAGAAUAAAACUGAAUAAUUGUGAGAAUGAAAGUCUAUUAAUGAGCUGAAAGGUCACACUUCUGUCGACUGAAGACACCUUUGACAUGGCGUGGAUUAUAAUAUUGAUUUUAGAUGCUUCUUAGGGAGCUGAAGGUGUUCUGCUGAUUUUUGACCCGUACCAAAUUGAUCUUCAGUUCAAACUAGUCUGAAAUAAUUGGGUAUUGACCGAGUAUUGAUGCUGUAUUAUUUUAGCUGAUUUCAAACCUCAGUUAUUCAUUAGCAGUAUCUCUCUUGAAUUGUUUCUAUACUGUGCUAAAAUACGUCCAAUUAUAUCAAAACGUUACCUCAAGUUUCGAAAAGAGCAGCGAUGCAUUUAAAGUCUAAACUAUUCAAGUAAAACUGAGUCCUUGUGGAAGUCCAUAAAACUGCAGUUCCUUGAGCGUCCACUUGGGGCUGACUGCAAAAGUCAAGUAGACUCCAUUAGACACUAUAUUAAAAUUCUCAUUUUAAUGAAACUCAAAUGUGAACUUAGGAUGUGUCCGAAAUGGAUCCCUAACCCCUAUAAGGGCGACUAUAUGGGGGUUAGCGCCAUUUUGAGGGGUGUCCAAAACCUGAGUGAUCAUUUUCAGUGCCCCAAAAACUUAAAAUUUCCCAUAGAGCAUUGCAACACAUAUGGGGGUUAGGGGUUAGGGAUUGAGUGAUUCAUUUCACAGCCUUAAAUUUAAUGGUAUAAAAACUGUUUUCUUUUUAUUCCAACGUGUUUUCCAGUCUGAGUUUAUCAACCUUUUCAGGGAAAAGAGAUUUUUCCGCUGUGGCGAUGGAACACAAAUCCAAACGAAUGCCUACUUUGAAUCAGGGCUCAACAUGUGAGACUCAAGAAACGGACUCCUGUGUGCAGACGCUCUUUAUCUGGAAAACCCCUUUACUCAGAGCCCUGCUAAGACUCCUGGUCCGACCUGAACCACCCACACAUUUAGUGCAAUAAAGGAACCCUGGCUCGGGUUUAACUCUGUUAUGAACUCCUUUCCUCUCUCCUCUCCUCCUCCUCGUACGCCUCUUCAGCUUCCGGCGGUCUUUGAAUCUCUAAAGCAGAAGUGGAGUCAGCCGGAUCGUCUCUGCAUCAUUUUUCCACUCCCUCUUUGUUUACAGAGUAACUCCGCUUCGAUCUCGUUGAAAUUUUGGGCCAAACUUUAACAUAAACAGUCUGAGCUGCUGUCUCCUCCAUCGUCUCUGUACAGGACUGUGGGUCGGGGAGAUGCUGCAGUCACAUCCUGAGUCUCUUGCUGAGGCUACAACCCAAAUAAGAGGAAAGAUUUGAUUCUACAUUGUUACUCAGAGUUAAACACGACUGCGUUUGUGGGUUUGCUCACUUUGCUUCUUGCAGGAAUCGUGCAAGGAGGUGGACUGCGAACCAUCGCCUCUGCAGGGAAAACCAGCGUUGUAAAUAAUAACUGGGAGUUAUUUGUGACUUUCACUGGCUCAUGAUAUACUACCAGGUCUGUCAGAAGAGUUUUAUGUCUGGUGAUUAGGCUGUACUGUGAUCAGCGGUGCAUGCUGGCGGAGAAAGGUGACAUUGUGUGAUCAUUACAGCGAUAGGGAGGAUUGCUGUCAUGCAGAGAGAUCAGGGUUUAGUUCAACCUCACACAUGCAGGCUUUCUUCGUAGGUGUGGCGUUGUGUAAGAGCUGAAUCCUGUUCAAUUAAGAGAUAAUAAAGGACGGUACUUGUAUAACAUCAGAGUCAAAACAAAGAAGCAGAAUGAUUCGCCGUAUCGGUUACAGAUUGUCCCGAUUGGUGUAAAUACCGCUUGUCAAGAUGAGCAUCUUUAGUUAACAUUUCUUUGUGACGGCGGCAGGAUGCCCACCGAAGGAUAAGAUAAGAAAAUGUCUCAGUUUGUGCAGGAGACAGAUGGUAGACAGACAGAUGGCCUGAUCCUUUAUCAGUUGUAAAACAUGCAAAACUGUGUUGACAUCAGCUGCAGUAAAAAUGCUUUUAGUCGGAGUAAUCCAGGGUGAGGAAAUGACACAUGAAGCAAGAACAACAGCAGCAGCAGCAUUGAAACGUCUUUGCAUGUAAUUGAGCAGAGAUAAAAACAAGAGACCCUGCUGCUAAAACCACUCAAAUAAUUAGUCUGAGGAUCGUGACCCAAGGUGGCCUAAAAAUAAACCAACCAGAGGGAAGAGGAAGUGUUUCUUUUGGAGUGAAAUUUGGCGAACACAGAACUUGUUCAUGAAUAAGUGACUGUGACUAGUGGGUUCUGUGAAGACACUGUCUCGCUUCAAGGGAUUGUGUUAGAGGGUGUUAGCGGCUUUGAAGAAUCAAACGGCUGUGUUGUGUUUGAUGUAACCUCUGAUUUUUUUUUGGUUGUAAUCUAAUUUUCAUAAAGGGGGUGUGUUGUGGAUGUCUCCUCGGAGCUGAGAGCUGACAGCGAGCGACUGCGGCCGACUUUGAAAGAAAUCUCUUCUUUAGAGCGAACAAACAGUUGAAAGAGAUUCUGAGGACAGGCCAGCUCAUUACUAAAUUACGACCCGGAUGUUUUUUAAAAUCUUGUUUAUUUUUCUCUGCGUUCAUCAAAUAUUUCGUAGCUGAAGAGGAUCUUCUCUGGAGCUUCUCCGAGGCGGUUUCAACAAAGAAGAUCAGAUCAUGAGCAUAGUAAACCUGCGUAACAUCAACCGCCUCACACGUACUUGUGUUUAGAGUGGGAUACCAAAAAUUUUGUCCUUCUUUAAUACUUUUGAUUCUUAACAGUAACCCCCAAUUUCCACCGCAUCUGGAACGGCUGCGAUUUUCACGAACUGACAAUUCCCACCGGAUCCGUUUGUGAGGUGAAUUUCGUGGCGAAUGGCGAGAACUCACAAGAACCCGCAGAUUCAUGUGCAAUUGCGUGAUUACGAGUUGUCUCUAUAAAGACAGCCACAUAACCAUAUAAGACUGUGUCCUUCCAGAGGACGAAAUCCACUUCUUGACCUCUAGAAUCAGCAUCUCCUCAUCCAUGGUGUCAACUGGGUAAAACGAAGUCUGAAAACCUUUGACUUUUUCGUCCCUGCCCACGUGCAUGGUGUGAAAUACGAUUUGAUAUUUUGAAAACAAGCCAGAUGUUUUAUUUUGUGUCUGUGCCCGACUUCCUUUCCAGCAUGGACUACUCUGUGCUCAAUUUAUGCGGUAUGCUUCGGCAUCCGGAAUAAAUAGAACUCUUGCGAUCAGCUGCGAAGCCGGUGGAAAUUGACACAUUAACUUGAAUGGAAACGAUCAGCUGUGAUCAGCGGUUACGGCCUUUUUGCAGCUGUUCCGGAUGCAGUGGAAAUUGGGGGUAAAAGGUUUAAUGCGACAGUAUCAGUUAAAAAAAAAGACAUCUUGGCUUCUACUUGGAAAGGGAAAAGCAAUGCCUCUUCCCCAACAUGUCCACUACCACAACAACACCGAGUUAUCUUCUGAAGGAGUACCUCCUGGUGAGCUAAAUCAGCUGCAGGAGUCUCCUGUGGGACUGUUUAAUUUUGCUUAUAGAGCCCCCUAACCCUGACUUAUCAAAACCUGUGCGCAAAAGAUGAAAGAAAACUGCAAAUCGAGGGGGGACACUUUAAACCCCGCCAGAAUUCUCAGUGACAGAAAACCAGAGCUCACAAAACAACAGGAUGGCAUAUAAGUUAAUGGGCUAGUCUGCUAGUAAGAUGCCAAUAAGCAGUUUAAUUGUAUAUUCAGCUGUAUGGAAACUGCACAUUAUGGACUUAACUGAUUGCAGUAGACAGACUCUUGUACUGACAUGCAAGAUUUUACCAAAUUUCCAAACGGCUAGACUUUGUAAAAAUGCAUCUUUGUGCAUGAGUCACUCGUAUCUUAUUUCUACUGCAAAUUCGGGUCCUAAUCAGGAUCGGCUCACUUUUGGCUCCAGCUCCUAGUGGCCUGCUGUGGAACUGCUGUUUUUGGCACCUCCAGUUCAUUCAAAGACCUUUGAGGUUGCUGCAUGAUAAAUAGAUCGUACCCUGUAUACUUUGAAAAGACAAGAAUGCUUCUCCAGAUUUAAGAAGCUUGUAGCUGAUAUCCUAAACUCUGUUGUCUGUUGUUGCACUCUUAGAACCAGGAACCUUUGAAAGAUUAAGAUGUGCCUGUUGGCAGUUUGAGGUCUAGCGUUGGAGUAGUUUGUCCCUCAGAUAUAAUGCAGAGAGGAGCAGAUGGAGCGCUGAGUGGAAUGAGACUCCAGGUAUGUGGAGAGCUGGUUAGACCAGACUGGGCGGUUGCAGUAGGAGGAAUGUGGACUAUUUCCACAGCUCUGCCGUCAUCUGUCAGGUGAGAGGAGCUGUCAAAGAGCCUGUCAGUGCGUGUGUUUUUCCUUUGUGUGUACAUGCUUCAGAGCUGUAGGUAGGAGUAAUGCCGAGGGGGAACACCUCACCUGCCAGAUACAAGUGCGGCUUUUAGCAGGGGAAAAGGUGCCAAAAGCAGCCGGUAAGAGCUCUGACACUUGGAGCACUGACCAUCGCAGAGACCGAGACCGCUCAGCUGAUGGCAUGUCUGUCAUUGUUGGAACUGGAGAAAGGAAAAGGCGAUGUGGUAUGUUUUUUUUUUUUAACUCAGAAGAUCAAAAAAGUAAGGUUUGAUCAGACGUUGGACUCUUUCUCACCUGUGGCUCUUUAGGUUCUUGUUUCUUUAGUGGGCAGACGUGUCACAGACGCUGACACACUCACCCCGCUCUCUUACAUCACUCUUAAUUCAGCCACAUACUUACACACCACAGUCUAGUGUCGGCUUGAGUGAGCUUGUGUAAGUAAAUUGUGAUCAGCCCUGUAGUGGGAACGCUCUCUGCCCUCCUUGUUGUGUUUACCGGGUUGCCAUUGUAACAGACGGACCAGCCCAGCAGUCCUAAUCUCUGCACAUAUCCCAUCUAUUGUUUCACUGCAGAGCCCGCUGAAAAUCAGGAAACGUUUCACCAGCUCUGUUCAUCAUUUCCACCCAACAGUAUUACUCUAAGAAAUGGCAAAAUAGAAAAACAUUUAGGGAAGAGUUAAAGUGGAAGACAUUUUUAUAUAACAUUAUUGGUAUAGGGGUUUUAAAGCAACUUAAAGCUUUAGAUUACGGCCUGCAAGUUGAUGUUAAUGUUAGGUUUGUUUUGGUUUUCCUUUAAAGAGAAAGCGCCGUGCAUAGUUGGCUCCCUUUCAUGGCAUAGUUAUUGUAAGAGCUCAUAUAUGCAAAGAAUUUGUACCAUGAGUGCACAUUGUAUUCGUCAGCCUGUAUGAGGUCAUAAUGCUUACACAGAACUAUUUACUGUGAGGAUUUAUCAAAAGGGUUCAUACCCAUUCAGUUUUUUUUCUGUAGUACCCUGAAUCUACAAGAUAUUUAGACUGAAACCAGGAUAAUUCGGAGGUGUUGUUCUGAAACAGAGGCUGGGAUCAUUUGGACUUAUGUGAACGCAGUGAUCACACUGAAAUGGGAAACAAUAUCAUGUGAUACAAUACGUAAGGAUACAAUACGUUAGCGUAUGAUAUAUGUCACGAUACGACGUUUGGAUAGGAUAUGUUACGGUACAAGAGGUUAUGAUGUGAUAUGUUACGAUAAGGUAUGUUUUGAUAUAUGUUAUGAUACAAAACGAUACAAUACAAUAUCAUAUCAUAUAUUCGUAUCACAUGACAUAUAUCAUAACUUAUCGUAUCAUAACAUUUCUUAUCGUAACAUAUCGAAUCAUAAAAUAUCGUAUCAUAACAUAUCCUAUCAUAUUAUGUCAUAUCGUAACAUAUUGUAUUGUGACAUAUAAUAUCAUGACAUAUCAUAUGUUAGCAUAUGAUAUGUCAUGAUAUGAUAUGUUACAAUACAGUAUGACUUGAUACAAUAUGGUACGAUAUGAUAUGAUAGAAAAUGAUUUAAUACGAUUUAAUACAAAAUGUUAUAAUACAAUAUAUCAUAUAAUAUAAUAAGACACAAUAUGACACAAUAUAAUAUGAUACAGCUGAUACGUUAUGAUACGAUACAGUACUGUACAUUAUGAUAUGAUAUGACUUGAUAUGAUACAAUAAGAUCUGAUGCAUUAAUAGCCGUAUUUGGGAUCUGAAUAAAGAUCUAGUAGUGUAGAACUCAUAGAUACUCUCACAGAUGAAGUUUACAGCUCCACUCUCCAUCCAGUCAAACCUCAAAAGAGCUUCAGUAUGCCUAACAUAACCACAGGACCCAUAAUGUCAUAUUAGCCCCCAGUGUGACCAGUAUACAUGUGAAAAAGACACUGAUGUAAUGACUAUGUUGAUUCGAGAGAUGAUGGAUGUUGUGUUCAUUCUCUUAGGUUUGGCUUUAUAACUCGUUGUCAUGGUUCAUAAUCUGGUCCGACGGCGUAUAAACGAAGCCUGAUUGAAAUUUCACUUUCAGUUUGUUGGAGGUCACUGACGACCGAACAAAUGCUCAAACUCUUGACAGUCUGACCGUGGGAUGGGCGAUCAGAUGGACUUCUGUCUCGCCUCAAAUUUUGGCUGUCUUGAGCUUUUCUGCUACUGAGUUUCCAAGAGAGCUGCUGGCUAAGGAUAUGAAGAUCUUGUUUAAACAUCAUUAGAGCUGUACAUUAAUCCUUUUUCUUUUAGCUUUUUGAGUCGGUCAUGUUGUUUGAAUCAAACCUUUUGGAGAAAAUUGGAGGUCAGUGGAAAUCUGAUCUAUAAACCAGACCAGAUUUAGUUGCAAAAUUCAGAUUAUGUUCAAAAACAGGGAAGACAGAAAUAGCAUCUUUAUAGUCACACAUCAUGGUCUCAGUUUACUGUUCCAUAAACAUCACACGGUCAGGGAGGGGGUAUCAGUAUGCAAACCAACCCUCUCCUCUGCCCUUGAUGCCAAGGAUACAGGAAAGGGGACUGUCAAAGGCGUUUAGCUGUUUGACUUUGUGAUCUGCCAAUAAAAGCGCGUCAGCCACCAGAAUCAGAUCACAAUCGCUCCACUAUCUCCACGACUGUCUCAGGACUGAGGUCCUCCAGUCUGGACCUGGACUUGAAAGAGAAACGGGACGUGAUGUUUUAUUCAAGACCCGAAGUGGAGCUCGUACAACGACUCUUGCGCAGCUCAGGCUGAUGUUACAGGAUUUUCAGCUCGGUGACUGGCAGCACGCUAAAGAUGAAAAUCAAGAUGAUAUCCUGGAGAGAACAACAUGCAGCCUCUGUUAUCAGCGGCAUGCAUAAUUAGCAUGUGAUCGCAGACCGUCCGCAGCAGCAGAAGUCAUCAGAUUCAGUUAAAACAGAGUCAUGAGAUGUUACCGCUGAUUAUAUCUGAUUAAAAAGUAUGCACCAGUUAUGACAUUCAAAACGGAGAGGAAAUGAAGAAUCAACAUGAUAACUGGGUUUUUCCUGCAGCCUGAAAUCUUACGAUCUUCUGAGGCCUGGACUCGGAUACACUGUGUGAGAACCACAGUGUUUGUUAUUCUUUCAGUGUCAAAUUAAGUGCAAAUUUGGAGGCUUUUACCUCAAAAUAUCACACAGAAACAUCACGUCUGGUGAAAAUGUUUGUAUUGCCUGAGCUGACUCACUAGCGCCACCAGAACCUGUAAGAGCUCAGCCCCACCACUGCGUUCUACUUAUGCGAAUGAAAAUCUCAAUAUCAUGCUAAGACCUACAAAAAGCUCUCUUGAGGUGAAACUCAACAUCUCCAUGUGAAUGCCCAAUUUUUGCAUGUUUUGGGUUGUAUAAAGGGUGCACUUUGAGCUCGAUUGAGUCGUGAAGAGGAAGUCGGUCCCCAACCAUUUUAUCUAGGCAUGUCAGUUCGCCUAUGAUAGGGUGACCAUACGUCCUCUUUUACCCAGUCAUGUCCUCUAUUUUGGGGGGCUGUCCAGGCUGUCCAGAAGUUUAUAAAAUCUUUCAAAUGUCCACAGUUUUGUACAUAAGAUUCGAGUUUGUGCCAUGUGGACUUACUGAGUUAGAAACACGUAAAUGACACUCGAACCGACCUGAAAAACUCUCAAAAUUAACUUUGUGCGGCUCUGUGACUCCGCCCCCCGCAUAGUCGUGUCCUCUUUUCGGGAAGUCAGAAUAAGGUCACCCUAGCCUAUGAGAAGUUCAAUUUAUUGUGAUUUUAAGUCAGACUAAUGUGUUUUAAGCCUUUUGUAUCAUAUUUGAUACAUACUUUUAUCUACUUCUAUCAAAUCAAGAUGAUCAACAAAUUACUUAAAAAUCACUUGAGUACAGCCCUAUAAAUGAUAAAAAUGUCCUCUUGCAGUUUAUCAGUUUCCAAAAAAAAUCUGACGUAGCAAACAAGAUAAAUAUAUUUAUUAAAUUUUAAGGACAUUUUGAUUUUUUUGGUUGUCAGUAGUAAGUGAAAUAAACAUUUCAGCUCCAAAAAAAUCUGAAUUUUCUGGCCAUAUUUUGUGGUUUCAGGCAUUAAAGGGUUAAAAGUCCAGUUUCGAGUUUUUAGACUGAGGCAGUAAAUCGAUUAUUUUAAACAACAUGUUAACGUGCUGACUGAAUCAUCAGGGGUCAGUUGCUCAUGAUUAUAUUAAGUAUAUAAAAAGAUGAAGAUGAAUUCACCAAGAUGAAUUGUUGCUGAUAAAAAUCUCUGAGGAUACACUUAGUAAUCAUAACCACGUCUAAUUCUGCAGAUUGAUCCUAUUACAACUUUCUUUUUAUCAUCACUAACCUCAUUUUACUCGAUCUCUCUGAGGUGUUGACCUGCCCGACGUGUCCAAUCAGGGCUGAAGAGAUCUGAAAGUGAUUGGAGUGAGAUUCAAAAAGGGAAAUCAGCUGACUUAUCGACCUUUCCUUUGGAAUAAUUUUGGACUAAGAAUCAGUCUGAGAAAUCUUGGGCACAGUGGCGCUCAUUCAUCCACGCAUGAAUGAAGACCGCCGGAGGAAAAACGCCUAAGCGUGCAAGUUUGAACUAUUAUGAUGAUGUAUUGAUUGUUUUUGAAACAGCAGCCCUCAAGUUAUUAAAAGAAAAGGCAGAGUGGUGCAGCAUUGGAAAUCUAUGUGGCUGUGCCGGGGGUGAAGCCCGGCGUGUUUGUAUAUAACCUAAUAUGGAUUAUUCUUUCAGGUGGGCUGCUUCCUGUGGGAAUAAACACACACAUAUAAACACUCACAUUUCUGGACUUUCAUGUUUUAUGCAUUAGAGGUCCAGUCCUGGACGUACAAUAGUACUUGUCAUCAUAAUGAUAUCAGAUUUCCACUCGCAGCAAAACACACACAGCAGGGGAAUUGUUAUCCAAAACAGAUUCUGCCUCCUCAGACAAUCCGGCCCAUUCUCCGGUCCAGGCCGGCUCUUUCAGCCUGAGUAGGAGGGAUGAGGACUUUUUUGCGCAUUACAGACGUAGGCUGCCUGCAGGGUCUCUUUGCUCCACAAUUACAGCUUUAUGAGGCUGCUCCGCUGAAGCCAAAGAGAGGGAGCAAGCGGAGGCAGAGAGUGUGAAGCUCUCUGGUGGGCUGGUAUCUGUUCCUACAUCACUCUUUAGUCUUUGCCAUCCUUUUCUGCGUGGCAUUGACAGCGUCCUAUUGUGCUUUUGUUUCUUUUCUACUCAUACGCUUCAAACUCUUUUCAACUUUUUCCACUUAAACGCGUCAGUAACCCCCACUGUGCGUCGUCUUUGCGGUUACACUCAUUGUCUUUGUCACCAUCAGCCUCCAGAAUCUGCAAAGUAGGUUUGUGUUGCAGACUCUUGUACGAUCUCUGAUGUCCUAGUUGGAGAGGAAAACACUGAAACUUAUCAAACCAGACAGGCAGUCCCCUGUAAACAUAUUGGUCCCUGGCAGAUGUCUCAGGCAAUCUGUUGGAGGCCGACUGCAGGGCCUUAAUCCAAUUAUUAAAAAACCAAAAUACCAUCAUCAAACCAGACAUUAAAAGAUCUUAUAGCAAUAUUGACUGCAGGCAAACAGACAACAAGGAAACGCCGAAUACUGCUGCCAGUUAGAAAAGGAAACAAAGCUCAAAACUUUGGCCCGUUGUAGCGUAAACUAUCAAGAACCCAUUACAGCCAAACAGAGACGAUAACUUUGAGGAUCAGACAACCUCAGCCUCUCUGCCAGUUUGAAUUACUUCCCCUUAUCCAUACAGAGCAGGUCCCUCCAGGCUGGGCUUCCACCAGAGUUGUUCCUUACAAAGAGAGCGACUAAUUGAUUAUUUAGUUAAAUGGGGCUGAAUGGAAAUUCAUACUGGUCUAAAAAUACAGUCGGAAAUUGUAUUUUUAUAUGAGUUAACACUGGAUCUCAGAGUCAGAGAGGGUUAAAUUAGUUGUUUGGUGUAGCUAACAGUAGCAGAGCUAGCACCGCUAGUCUUCAGCAUUCAUAUAAAGUCUUACUGCACUGACGACUGAACGCAUCUCUGCCUAAUAUUCUUAUUUUUGUCUUCACUUUUUGGGACUUCUGGGAUGAAAAUGUGUGUAAAAAAUAAACAAACACAAGAAGUUAAUGAUUGUUAAUUCUUGUUUCCCGUUACUCUUUUUUAAAACUGUUAAAGAGAAGCGCAGCACAUGUCUGAGUACAGGGUGCAGUUACAAUACAAGUAUUCUAUUCUAUCUUUUUCUAUUCUGUUCUAUGUGAAUUUAUUCUACUUUGGCUUUUUUACUCUAUUGUAUCCUAAUUCAUUUUGUUCUCACUAAUAUUUAUCUAAAUUAUUCUAUUUUAUACUAUUUUAUCAUAACUUACUCUAUUCUGUUUUAUGCUAAUUUAUUCUAUUAUAACUUUUUCUAUUCUACUCUGUUCUGUCAAUUUAUUCUAGUUUGACUUUUGUAUUCUAAUUUAUUGUGUUCUAGCUAUUCAGUUCUAUUCUAUUCUAUUGUAUUCUAGCUUAUAUUAGUCCAAAUUCUGUUCUUUUUUUCAUUCUAUCAUUACUUUUUCUAUUCUUUUCUAUUUUAUUCUAACUAGUUAUAUUUGAAUUUAUUGUACGUUAUCAUGUUCUAUCUGGUGUUAGACUCAAUUAUUCUACUCUAUUCUAUUCUAUUCUAUCCUAUACUAUCUUACUUUAACUUACUCUAUUGUAUUCUAAUUUAUUGUGUUUUGGUUUACAUUGUACUUAAUUAUUGUGUUCUAUUCUGUUUAUUCUAUUAUAUCAAAACUUCUAUUAUAUUCUCUCCUGAUUUAUUAUGUUCUAUCUUAUAUUGGACUUAAUUAAUCUGUUCUAUUCUAUUCUGUUAAUUCUAAUUUAUCACAACUUCUACUCCAUUCUAUUCUAUUCUACUCUUUUCUAUUCUGGUUCAUAUAAAUACGUUUUUACUAAGUAAUGCUGAGACUGUAUUCUUGUAAAGAUCCAUACCUUUUCUUAAACACUGUAGUGCAAGUAGAUUAGAAGAAUAAACAUUUUUAAAGCCACAGUGAUACCUUUUUAAAAACUUUUUUAACCCUUUAUUAUUUUAUUCUUACAAGUUAUUUUGAUUUUACUGUACUGGUUUAAACCGUCCCCUUUACCUCGUCUUUUCUAACUCUCUCUGUCUUUUCUUUCUCACCUAUCACUCUUAUAUUCUCUCUGCUGUAUUGUGAAGCUCUUUAAAUACAUGAAAGGUAGUUGAGAUGAUUUGCUGUUAGGCCUGUCGCUGAAACAUUAACGUUUUCCACCACACUGAUCCCCGCUGAGUGAUAAGUGUGACUAUUAACAGAAAGCAGAGAGAGGUCUUUUGUCAGAAUAAAAAAAAAUACUUUCACAUAUACAGAACAAGAUCAGCAAAAUAGACAAGUACCGCUUUGUCUGCGCUAACAGAAACCGAAGGAGCUUUCAUAUCCUGACAUAUUUAGUACAUGCCAUCAUUCAUUUACAGAGCUGGUUGGCACCGUUUCCUCCACCGUUUGCAUCUAACCCAGUUUUACCUUCCUAUCAUGAUCAAAAAAACUUCUGUCUCUCCUUUUAAGUCUCUUCUUCUCGCGUGAGUGUGUACGCCUCUGUGUUUGUGUGUGUGAUAGACAGGAGAUCACGCAGUUAAAAAAGCCAUCUACACCCAUCUGGAUCCCUGCUCUCUUGACUGGCUGCUCGCCUGUGAUAACAUGAGCUCAAAGCCCUCAGAACCUAAUAACCUAAUGGUCCAUGCUGCUUCUGUCACUUUGUCUCACAGAGCAGGACGGAGAAGAAGAGAGGAUUGAGAGAGAGAGAGUGAGAGAUGGAGAUCAAAAGGAGAGGAAAUAACUUUACUUUUUCUCCCUCCAUUAUUUACAGUCAGAGGGGGAAACAACGGGAAGAGUAAAAACGGCGGAAUUGCAAAGCUGCUUAGCGCUGUGAUUCAGUUGGGGGAUUUGACUCUGCGCUCACCCCCACUUCAAGCAGUGUGGCGGAGGCGGACAAAGAGAGAUAGAGGGGGAGUGUGUGUGCAUGUGUGUGUGUGAGGAACAGCGUAGGAGAAGCACAAUCUGGUAUAGCUCCAUGUGAAAAUGACCUACUUCCCGUCAGCCCACUCUCUAUUGGAUUGCUGUUUUCUGAUGUUGGAGGAGAGAGAGGGGGGAGGUCCUCCGAGGGGUCUGGGGGGAGAAGAAGUUGACGUGGCACGGUUAAAUGAAGGAUAAGGAGGUGGCGUUGGGGGUGACCCACAGCGGAGACGAAGAUGAAUAUCAUGUGUGUGAAGUGUAAACUCUGCAUGCAAGGCGUGUCAAUGAGGUGUGUGUCCACCUGUGCAUGCAGAGUUGUAAACAUGUCUGCAGCUGCGUGAUGCGCCGCUCUCUCCCCGCCUCUGCAGUGUUAAUUACACCAAACGAGGGCCUUAUGAGGGUUGACUAUCAGAGCCAAUAUUUGAGGGGGUUGGCCUCAGCAGAUGCUCAGCGGUCGGAGUGUGUGUGCGUGUGUGUGUGUCAAACACGCAGGAUGUUAUUUACGGCUGUGAUCUGCUCUUAAACGGGGAUGUUUCUGUGGUUUUCAUUCAGUUUGAAGAAAGUUCUCAUGGGAAACCUCUUCCUCCGAUGUGGCUUCGGUCUAAUCAGAAACUUCCUCUGUAGUUUAAAGGGAUAGUUCGGGGUUUUUUAAAAGUGUGGCUGUCAAUAGUGAGUCGACCCUGAUGUGCUUGGACCUGCACAGAAGCUGAACUAUGAACUGUUGCAGAGAGAGACUAGCUCUAACAUGUAGUUAAAGGGAUAUUCCAGUGUAAAAUUAAUGUAGGGUCAAACACACCAUAACACAGAGUUAGACACCCCCUUGAGAGAUGAAUGUUGCCGACUGCUUGCUUCUCUAGUUUUACCAACUUUAGCAACAACAACAGGAUAGCAAUACACAGCGGUCUGAGGAGCCAUAAACAAACCUCAACCAAAACACCACUCUAUAGCCACAAAUAAUGCUCAGAACAGCACCUAACUUCAUCAACAGGACAUAUAGGGUCACAGACAUAGUACUAGCCACCAAACAUCUUUUUAACUUUGCCUAAUUUCUUUAGCAAAGAGACUAAACACAACUCACCUACUCUCUUCUAGCAGCCACUUGUUUGGAGCGAGACCUCAGGCCAGUCCAUCUCCAACUGCAGUGGGGUGUCGCAGCUCAAGGAAUAACAUUUAUGAUAAUUUCUUUAUCAUUUCCAUGAAGUAAUAAUUAUCAUAUUAAUCAUUUUGCUCUGCAGACGCGGUCGUUCUUCUGCCUUAGCGUCUCAGUCUAAUUGUAUUUCCAUGAAGAAAUGUUCAUAAAUGUUCUUCCUUAAGCUGCGACACCCCGCAGCAGUCCGUAAUGGACUGGCCUGAGGUCUCGCUACAAACAAGCGGCUGCUAGAAGAGAGUAGGUGAGUUGUGUUUAGUCUCUUUGCUCAAGAAAUGAGUCAAAGUUAAAAAGAUGUUUGGUGUCUAGUACUAUGUCUGUGACCCUAUAUGUCCUGUUGAUGAAGUUAGGUGCUGUUCUGAGCAUUAUUUGUGACUGUAGAGUGGUGUUUUGGUUGAGCGCGUGGCUCUCUGUAUUGCUAUCUGCGGUCGUUACUAAAGUUGGUGUAACUACAACAUCCAUCUCUCGAGAGGGUGUCUAACUCGGUUAAAUUAACUUUACGCUGGAAUAUCCCUUUAAGCUAUUUUCAACAGAAUCUGAUGCACAUAUUCAGGUUUUCUGUUUGGGUCUAUCAGGAUGAAUGUAUGUGCUGUGUUUUGCAGUGAGACAGCCGCUUUGUUUUAGCACAGAUGCAACACGUGUUCCCCAGUCCAUGAAUCAGGACCACCUCCGUAGAAACAGCUACAUACUGUGGUUUCACUCUGUUAAAAAUACAUCAAAAACCUGCAGAAAAGACCAACGUUUAUCUCUGAUCUCAGAACGUUUUGUACCCCAUCUCAGAAUAUUCCAGCAUCUGUCUGUUAGCGUACUAAUGUAGGUCAUGAGUAAUGUGCUCAGGCCGGAUUCAUUGAAGAGGUAUGCUCCGUCAGACUUAAUCCCUGUGACUCUGACUGGCUGGUUGGAAGGUGAAUUAAUUUAAUCCAUCCUCAUAACUCUGCCCCUCCCUCCCUCUCUCUCCCUCUCUCACACACACUCACGCUCUUUCAUUUUCUCCUCUCUCUGUGUUUUUGCAGUACCUGAAGACCUGUCUUUGGAGGAAAGAGAUGAGCUGUCGAACAUACGGCGCAGGAAAAAAGAGCUUCUGGAUGAUAUUGAAGUGAGUGACGGUGCAGAGAGAGAUGUUGUUUUUUUUGUGAUUGUUUGAGUUACAACAUGAUUGGGUGCGACGCUGAACAAUGUUAAUACCACUGGGCAUUGUAUGUGUGAUGUUUGUGCAUGCACCUGCAGUCUCAGAUUGCACAUGAAUUCCUCAGAGCUCAGGAGGUCAAACAAGUUCAAUUUCUCUGUCUCCUUGUCUGCAGCGGCUGAAGUUUGAGAUCGCAGAGGUGAUGACGGAGAUCGAGCAGCUAACCUGUGUGGGAGAAAGGUGACUAAUGUGUAAAAAAUGUUUAUACACACAGUUUAUGAAUAGUUAUAGAAGAAUAAAUCAGAAAAAACCAAAUCAAAGAAGACUGGCUGCACACUGACCUCUGCAGCUGAGUCAUCUGUCAGUUUGUCCUUUAGCCUCUAAUUCCUGUUUCGGCUUAAGUUGAACUUGAGAUACCCUGAUUCAGAUGCCAGGCUGUUUAUUAUCUCUCUAGCCAGGAUUUUAACAAAUAUAUACUUGCAAUGUGAAGUAAUAAUAGUUUUAAAAUCUGUAUUUUUCAAAAUAUUUAUGACAACAACAACAACAGCCUGAUAUUGGCGUUGGAUAUCAGCCAUCAGCUGAUCCUGCUCUGUAGAUAAUAGCCAGUAAAACACCGUACUAGUUGACUUGUAGUUUUAUUUAUGGAAAAAACACAAUCAGACAAACUGAAAGAAAAUAAGGCAAAGUUUGCAUCAAGAGGUCCAUUUGUGAUCUGGUGAUAGAAACUUCUUUAGAGGAGAUGUUGCCUGAUUAAACGAUCGUUCAUCAUGCUUUUAUUUUGAAAUUAUUUCUGCCUCGCUUCGACUUUACUUCAAACCUUUCAUUGUCAAACUUUGUCUUUAUUUUCAAAUUAAUUGCUAUAAUGUGAUGUGAAGUCAAAUCUAUGAUAAUGGAAAAAUAAAAUCAACUGUUUGUCCAGUGAGGUUAACAGAGGUGACAUCAUAGAGCAGGAGAAAGUUAGUACAACAAAUAUGUAUAUAAGGUUUGCAAGAUGUGCUACAUGAAAAAAAAAUACAGUGUAAAUAAGACAAACAUAAAGGAAAGACAAAUACUAAAUCAGCUAAACGGUAUGAAUCACAACUUAUUGUAUUGAAAUACUCACUGUAUUGCAAAAUGAUAAAAAUUAUGACAAUUUUAUGGCCACUAGUGAUUCACACCCCUAAUUUUGAAGUUUACUAGUUUUCUAGAUUGCAAGUUACAGAACAGAAAAAAAGAAAUGUAACAGAAGAGUCAGAAAGUGUGAAUUUUAGACCCGAAGAGGAGGCCCAGGCUUUGACGUUGUUUUUGGAUUCACCUCUCAAUUACAGCUGGUUCACUAGCAGUCUGCUGCUUCUUCUUCUUCUUCAACUAUCUGCUGUAAAAUGACCUGAGGCCAAACGGUUAAGCUGUGACCUUAACGCCGCCUCAUAAUGCCUGAGUCGAAUACGAGGACUCAAGUUCAUGUUAUCUUUUAUUCUGAAGGAGAUCUGAUUUGCAGAAUAACUUUUUUACAAAUUGUGAAUCGAUGAAGUCUCUUUUUACGACUUCUUUCACCACUUCUGCUUUUAUAUCUCCUCACCGUGGAGCUGCUGUCACCUUGAGCUGCACACCUGUCAACCUGAGAGUGUGUGUGUGUGUGUCUAUACGUGUGUGUGUGUGUGUGUGGGUUAAUCCCCCUCUGUUUGAGGACGGUCCCUUGACUAAACAUUAGCCAAACAGUCUGUAUUCAGACGCUGUCGUUUGAUUGGUUGAUGAGGUGGAGUGAGGAGGCCGUGUCAGGUUUUGUGUGUGUGUGUGUGUGUGUGUGUGUGUGUGUGUGUGUGUGUGUCUCAGGUGCAGCUGGCAAAGGGGUCUGGUCUAUUUUGGGCUCGCAGGAAGCGUAGGGAGCGUGAACAGACACAAAGGUGGAGAUUUCCCUGUGGGGCGAAUGCAAAAUGCGUUUCGAAGGAGAGUGGCGUUAAAAAUGUCUGCAGGGCGCGUUAAACUGAGGCGACCCGAUGCGCUCGUGCACGCCACAGGUGAUACCACCGAGUUUUUUCAGGUGAACCUCAGUGUAUGCUCAGUCUCAGGUCGCCGCCGUGAAAAUAAACAAAGUCAUGCGACAUCCUGGAUGAACUCAACACAAAGUGACUUACAGAACAAACACGGCGGCCUGGAAACCGCACCGCGCCCCUAACUGUCACAUGAUUUCUGUUUUGUUUCCUUCUUAAUUGCAGCAAAACAACGCAAAGAAACAAACAGAUCGCCAUGGGGAGGAAGAAGUUCAACAUGGACCCUAAGAAGGUCAGAUUUGCCCUGAACUGGUUCAACGUCAGGCCUGAUCAGACUCACGCAGCUGAGUGAAACUGGAUUGGAUCGAGCUCCUUGACUGAAAUCAUCCGUCAGGUUUAAUGAAACUGACAGAGAUAAAAGUGUACGUGCGUCUUUUUCUCCAAACAGGGGAUCCAGUUUCUUCUGGAGAACGAUCUUCUCCAGAACACCCCCGAGGACAUCGCUCAGUUCCUCUACAAAGGCGAAGGGCUCAACAAGACGGUCAUAGGGGACUACUUAGGGGAACGGUGAGCUCUCCACCACCUCCACCUUUCUUUCUUUCUUUCUCUCUCGCCCCAAUCUCUGAGUCAGAUCUGCACCACACACGCUCAGACGAGGGCGCAAAGCCUCAGGAAAUUGCUGGUCUGGAUUUAUGUAGCGAAGCAGCGACAGGAGACCGUGCCGGUGAAACGAGCGAGUGGACAUGUGGUUCUUAUCGAAGGGGAAUCAAAGAGGAUAUGACUGUCAGAACAACAGAGGUUUUCAUGCUGCCCGGCUCUGCCAACACAGGGACUUUCUUUAUGAAGCCGGAGCUCGACCCUCGACCUUGAAAAACAUUUAUUUGCAUGUCUGAAACAACCUAUUUCAUCAUUUUAAGUGUAACAUUGUAAAUGCGUAAACAUGUGUGACAUUGAACCCCUCCUCUGUCCUCCAGAGAUGACUUCAACAUCAAGGUCCUCCAGGCGUUUGUGGAGCUACACGAGUUCGCAGACCUCAACCUUGUACAAGCCUUAAGGUGAGAUAACAACCAGAACUAACACUGAAUUAAAAGAUUAUGUUUUAUGACUCUGUUUCACGAUUGUUGGAAAAAUUGAGACAAAUUAAAGAUGGGGUAGGUAUGAUCUGAAGAAGUGCCAGUUUUUGGGAAACAGUUUUCCCCUCAGCUCCUCCUCUUCCCUCCCUCUCUGCUCCAGUAAGCCCCGCCCACAAACAGAUGCUCCUGCUCGCUCGUAUCGUUCCAAUUAAAUUCAGAUAUAAUGCAGAUAAAUACUUCAGAAAAUUACAAAUGGGGCCCAGUCAACGUGAAAGUAAACAGCAUUGGUGCUUCUGUAGAAACGAGGAUAAAGUGACAUAGUCCAGGACCCGAGGUCAACAGUUUAGCGAUGGCGCUACAACACGCUACAGCAGGUCCGUUUGACAAGAAACACUUCUGUUACAGACACUUGUCUUACUUUGUUAAAACGGUUUACCUGUCCAGCAGAAAGGUUACAGGGUCUGUAAGAUCCGGAAGCGUCCCUGAAUCAUUUAUGCUGAUGUUGAUCCAGCUUCUAAGCUCUUGUCCUGGAGGUCCACCUCUGUUUUAAGCGCCCGUUGUUCCGCCAGAAUCUCUGGUAUUUACUCUGUUUUAUUGCUUGAGUUUUCUGGACUUUCUGGUUGGUUUCUACUGUCCAAUGUUGUAGCAUGCUAACUUUGUAUCACGCUAACUUUGUUUGGGCUCGUGAACAUUAUUCGAGGACAUGGAGCGUGCACCACAACCAAUCAGCACUAAGGAGCAGCGUCCGCCUCAAAACCAAUCAGGUUGGGGGGAGGCAGAAAUUGGCUUUGUUUACGAUCAGAAAAAGCGGGCCGCUCAAAAAUUUUAAAAUGUUGACUACACAAACGUAACAAAACACAGCGAUAUUGUUAUAUUCCCAAAUAUCAUCAAUAACUAAUAACUAUUGACUGAUAUCAAAAGCUUUUUUGUAAAUACUCCACAAAAAAAGAUGCUUCUUUAACAGAAUCCUGCCUACUCCACCUUAAAAGCAGGAAAAACAUGUAAAAAUCGUCAGUGAGUCAGCGUGUCUGUAACAGGUACCCCAUCGUUAAAGUCAGCUGGUUCUUUAGGGGUUUAAAUGUCCUGCAGAUAUCGAAGUUCAUUUCCAUGGAGCUCCACAGUCCUCAUCAGGCCUGUUUCCUGUGUCUGUGUCGUUGUAGGCAGUUUCUGUGGAGCUUCAGACUUCCUGGUGAGGCUCAGAAGAUUGAUCGAAUGAUGGAGGCCUUCGCCUCCAGGUACUGCCAGUGCAAUCCCGGCGUCUUCCAGUCCACAGGUACCACAACCGCACACACACACACACACACACACACACACACACACACACAGCAGUGUAUUUCUCAGUCUGACUCAGCAAGGCAGUCCAGGUCAGACACUUUGGGCCAGCCAGACCAGAUCGAUGCCUCUGACUGUCUGUCGGACCUGCUCGGGGUCUGUAGAUCUUCCCCUUGUGAGCAGAUUUCUGCAGAAUUCACAACAUGAGCUCUGUGAUUUCUUUUCAGAGGAUUUGAAGGUUUGAUCUUUGCUGGACUCGACUGGACCAACAGUCUGUGUACUCCUCCAGCCCUGGUCAGCAGCAGCCUGCUUGCUAAUCACUGAGUAAUCCCUCCACCCGUCUCCAGCAGCGAUAAUGAAAUUGAUCAGCGCUCAAUGGUGGUCAUUAGUGCGGUCUCCUGUGUGAACUGAGCGGGCGUAGAGGAGGACACAGGUGACAGCUCAGGUCAUGAAUAUUGAUGUGGCGCAGCGGUGACACACCCAGUUAUUGGUCACCUCUCAGGACCGGAGCGCUCAGGGUCAUAAAUCACGGCGCAGAGGACUCAGACUGGAGCUGGUGGAGGACGGUUAGCUGGAGUUAUGAUGCAGCAGUGAAUCAUGGAUCUGUGAGCGUGUGUGGGUUCAUAACUGCAGAAGAGAGUGAGUGUGUGAUACACAGAUCAACAAAUAGGCUUCGACGUAAAGCCAUUAUAGUUUAAAGAUACAGUAACCCUGAAGGAGAUAAGUAAAGCCUGCUUUGUCCACAGGGGGCGCCAACAACUACACAAACAGAAAGUUUCCCUUAUGAGCUUUAAAAGAAGUUUAGAUUUUGUUAUUUUUAGAGGCCUGUUUCCUAGACAAACUAGUGACAGGCUUUGGUGUGUUUGCAGUUUGUGAGCGGCUGCAAGAAAUGCACCAUUUGGACGGAAAAGAAGAAGUUGGUUGUUGUUAAAGGUCCCCUAUAAUGAAAAAUCCACUUUUGGGUUGUUUUCUACCAAUCAUAUUCAUCUCCUCGAAGCAAUUUCAUUCUCUCCCUCUCUUGCUUUCCCCUCCUUUCUGAAAACAUGAGCGCAAAUGAGCGAAUGGAAAAACUGUGCGGUUAUGACGACAUAACUGAAUAAGCUCAGAAACGGAGAUGGAUGGAGCAUUUUGUCCGUCCUAACCUAUCGUUCCGUCCGUCUUUUUGCGUGACGCCAAAACGACGUUGGUCACGAGAGAGAACUAUAACCAGAAGAGCUCCAAAAUAACGACGAGACAGCGGAGACGUAGCCGUCAGAUAAGCUAACCCAUUUAGCAGUGUAACAUAACACUAACAGAGUAAAAAGACAAAUUUAAAGACGCACAAUAUUCGUAACAAACUAUUCAGAAAUGUCGCAGAGUUUGACUUCCUUCAGGAGUCAAGCCGCAGACCCUUUCAGAGAGGGGCGUGGUUACACACAGCUCAUUAUUAUUUAAAGGUACAGGCGCAGAAUCAGCCCGUUCUCGGUGGAGCUCAAAAAGAGAGGAGGACAGGCUGGCUGAUAUCCACAAAUUACCGGUGUUUUGGACAACAAACUUUAAAUUGACUAUCGUGGGACCUCUGGGACUGAUUUAAACUUGAUGAAAAAUGCAAUAAUAGGGUUCCUUUAGAUAGAAAAGAAUUAAACUUUCCCCAUAUAUCUCCAUCUUCAAGCCCUAUACCUUUACAAAUGCAACUAAAUCAUGAUAAAAACAAAAACAAAACUUGCAUUAGAGGCAAGCUAAUAGACGUCACUGAUACGGGCUUUAAGAAGGAAACAUGUUCCCCCGCUCGCUCUCAAAGCUUCUGUGUUUUAUGCGACACCCUGACUGUGUAACUGCCUCCACAGAUACCUGCUACGUCUUAUCCUUCGCCAUCAUCAUGCUGAACACGAGUCUGCACAAUCCCAACGUCAGAGACAAGCCCCCCGUGGAGCGCUUCAUCUCCAUGAACAGAGGGAUCAACGAGGGGGGAGACCUCCCAGAGGAGCUACUCAGGGUGAGAGCUCCGACUUUAUUAGUUUGUUAGGAGUGACAAAUGUAUCAGCCGCGUUUGAAGGAUUGUGGGCGAGAAACAUAUCCGAGCGCCUCUUUGACGACUGAAAGAUGAAAGUGCUGCUUUAAAUAAACGCUGUUUUAUGAUUUACCCCCCAAAAAGAAACCUGUAGGAUUAUUUCCCUCCAUGCAGAGCGGAGUCACGCGUCACUAAUUGAGACAUCUGCAGCUCAGCAGAUUGAAAUCUCCUCCCCAGAUGCCAUCGCUAAUGAUCCUCUGUGAUCUCUCGUGACAAACACAUAAAAAAACAAGUUCAUGGACCCGUAUUCUGCAGUCUGCACCAAAGUGCCCUUAGCUGAGCUUUACAACACACUUGUACCAAAGCUCAGAGUCACUAAAGAAUGAAUCAUAGUCUCUCACUGAAAACAGAGUCUUAUUUAACCCGCUCUUAAUCUGAAGCUGUUUGGAGAUGUAAAAAGAAGUGUCUUCACACGUUUUCGUUCCCUCUGUCUGUGCAGAAUCUAUACGACAGCAUCAAAAGCGAACCCUUCAAGAUCCCAGAGGAUGAUGGGAACGACCUGACGCACACGUUCUUCAACCCAGACAGAGAAGGCUGGCUGCUGAAAUUAGGUUAGUGUGCGUCUCCCCUGCUGAGGGAACGCAAGACAUCCUGGAUGAUGACUUGAUUCGGUUACUUCCUUACUUUCCUGAACGGGGACUUUAUUCUCACGGCUGAGUGAGGACUUGAGAGAGAGUCGGUGUCUCAUGAGAAGGAGGAAGGAGUAAAAAGCAGAUCUUUUUUAUGUCUACUUAAGAUCGGUGUGUAAAAAGUUAAGUGGCCAGAUGCACGACAGUCUUAUAGGCACUGAGGAUUGAGGAAGCACCACUUUUGAGGCCAUCCACAAUGGGAGGAGUCGCAGGCUGUGACACCGGGGGCACCAGCGCCCAGGCCCCCUGACCCUGACUGACGACAGCUAGCUGGGCCAAAGGGACCCAGUGGCAGCGCCCCCAGCAGCAGCCAAGACACAGCUCCCAGUGUGGAGGACCCCCCUAAAAAGACACUGGAGUUAAAGCGAAAAACUAAAAGCAUAAAAUAGGAUUAAAAAAGUUUAAAAAGUGAACAAUUUAAAAGGAUAAAAAUACGUAAGAUAAUAAAUAAAAUGGUACCAAUAAUUGGUAAAACAAAUACAAUUAUUAAAGAUAAAUAUAAUCUUAAAAAACAAGAUAGAAGCAACAACAUAAAACAAAAUAGAACCACAUAAGAACGUAAGAAGAAUUUGAAAUAUUGUCAUUAAAAUGACACAUUUUACUCUCAAAAGGUAACAGGAUGAGAUUUCUGGGGUUAAAAAUCACUACCUGAGUAUGUAGAGGGCAAGAAAAGCAAAUACUGCUUUGUCCACAGGGGGCGCCAAACUUGGCACAAACCAAAAGUUGCUCACAGGAGCUUUAACUGUCUCCAGAUACUUUGAGGGCAGCUUGAGUUGUAUAUUGCUGCAUUAAAAUUAUGUUUAGAUGAACUUUUGAUGAAAGUGGCAUGUUUGCAUGAAAAUGUGUCAAAUUUAGACUUUUGCAGCAUUAUUGUGAUUACUCACAUUACAACAACAACGAAAGUGUUAUUGUUUUUGCCGUUUUAGUUUUGAUCAUAAAUGCACAUACAGCUUGGAGGAAACAUACACCUCUUUUUUUUUAGUAGAGGUUAUGACGCCAUGCUAACUUGUAGCACCACCAAAACAAAAAAGAAGCACAUGUUCACUCACCCCAUGGUGUUAGUAGAACUAGAUCGUGAUAAGUAAGGUCACAAUAAUAUGUUACCAUGACGUGUUACAGCCUAAAAGGUGCAGGCCAGUUGUUUGUGCGUGUGUGUACAAAGUUAACACAUCCAGACUCUGACUUGUGAAAAUCCCCUUAAUGCAGUUUGGAUAGAAACACACUCUGUAAUUAUUUGUGAGUUGGUGUGUGUGUGUGUGUGUGUGUGUGUCUGAGUGUGUGCGUGUGUGUGUGAGCUCCAGGGAUGGGAUAGUUUCGUAUGCCUUCCCAGUGAGGUAAUCCAGUUUUAGUCCUAAUUCUGCUGUUACACCAUUUGUUCCUGUUUAUUUACACGUGUUUCUGAUUUGGCCCCUCGCUCCCUCGCUCUGUAAUUCACACCACGUUAAAAACGUCUCCUCCUGCCGCUCGGGCAAGACUUUACUCACCUACGCCGCGUCUCAGCAGCUUUUACUUAACGCCGUUUAUCCCAGUUGAUAAAUAGUUGAUUUAUUGUCGGGCGUAAACCUGUUUAGAAGCUCUAACGUAGUUUGUCAAAGGUCAAACUCUCUGCAGGUGAUCAGGUUUAUGACCAUGUUCACACACACACGCACAGCGGCGGCGGCGGCUCUGACCUGCACAUUCCUCCAACUCUGGGCAGCGUCUCUGUUGUCUCAUCAAACCAGUGCGUAUGAAUGCAAAUAGCCCCAUUGUGGCUCACAGACCUAACAUGAUUACAUUCCAGUACGCUUCCUCCCCGGAGCCUUUCCUCGCACCGUAAUAUUUCUAAUUUAACUCUCCCAAAAUAAACCCUGGAGGAUGUGAAGGAAUAAAUGCCUUCUUUAGCAAAUCUCUCUGUACGCCGAGCGGAAAUUUGGCCACGCUAAUUCAAUAGCCGGCAUCUAUUAAAAUGUAAGGGAACCCUGAGCACUUGUAAUAAUGUGCGGCCUGUAUGAGAAGCGGGGAAGUGUUGCAGCACUAAAAAAAGAAGAGCUGUGACCUUAAGGGAUGGUUAGUGCUGAGAGGAACUAAUCGGGAAUGCGAGGUCGGAGCACAAACAGAAAACGCCGUCUUCAUGUUUGCACUUUUGAGCAUGCUUCCCUCAUGUGUGCACACUUCUUACACAAAAAAAGAGCCUCCUCAGCGUCUCUGGAGCGACUCUUUCUGCCUCAAACAAACUCGUCUGACUGUCUUUUCUUUUCUUUUUUUUUGCUUGUAGUUAACACGUGAGGAGUUGAACUCGCUCUGGGGUUAAGUGUGUGUAUAUGUGUGUUGUGCGUUAAUGUCCCCGUCUACAUGUGUGUAGCUUUAGGGGAGGGGGACUUUGGAUGCCAGGUUGGGUUCUUAUCAAGCGCUGUUCUCGCCUCUCUUCAGAGCGUUUUAUCCUGUUACCUUUAAAAAUGAAUAAGCAAAGUCAGGAAUAAUUCAUCAGCGGCGUGAGUCAUCACUUAAGUUAACGAAGCUCAAAGUUAGGAGGUUCAUUAGAAUCACAAUCUGGGGUUUCUUUUGUCUCAAAGGCCUGCAUAUGGAUCACUUUAAAGGGAUAUUCCGGCGUAAAAUUAAUUGGGUCAAACCAUAGACUGUAUAUAGAAUGGACAGAGUCUGCCUCCUUGCUGGGUGAAGCCACUCCGAGAACAGCACCCUCUGUUGAUGGGCUGCAGUGUAGGUCAUAAAUCCCGCUUUCGCCAGCAAAGCUUAUGGAGCUGUGGACAAACCUUAGGUAGAACAUUCAUGAUCGUUUUUUUAUAAUUUCCUUGAAGUAAUAAUCACCAUAUUAAUCAUUUUUCACGGUAGUUCUUCUGUCUUAGCGUCUCAGUCUAAAUGUAUUUCCAUGAAGAAAUUAUCAUAAAUGUUCUUCCUUGAGCUGCGGCACCCCGCUGCUGUCCGUAAUGGACUGGCCUGAGGUCUCGCUACAAACAAGCGGCUGCUGGAAGAGAGUAGGUGAGUUGUGUUUAGUCUCUUUGUUAAAGAAAUUAGGUAAAGUUAAAAAGAUGUUUGGUAGCUGGGACCCUACAUGUCCUGUUGAUGAAGUUAGGUGCUGUUCUGAGCAUUAUUUGUGGCUAUAGAGUGGUGUUUUGGUUGAGGUUUGUUUAUGGCUCCUCAGACUGCUGUGUAUUGCUAUUGUGCGGUUGUUACUAAAGUUGGUAUAACUAGAGAAGCAAGCGGUCGACAACAUUCAUCUCUGGAGGGGGUGUCUAACUCGGUGUUAUGGUGUGUUUGACCCUACAUUAAUUUUACGCCGGAAUAUCCUUUAACUUGAAGUGCAGAUUUGAAGCUUUUUCCUUCCCUCGUGUUUUUUGCAUCUUCUGUUUUUUUUUGUUAUCAGAUCAGCAGAGAUGCAGAGAUCUCAUACUGUUUUUAGAGAGCGCUCGUACAGAAUCAUUUACUCAGGCGGAAGAUAAUAAUAAGGCCGUUCUCAGCAGAAACACUCUGCUUGUAAAUCCACUGAGAACACAAAAAGAAACAAAUCCACAACCAGCUCGUCUCGGACUGUAAUCAUAAAUCGAUUGGAAACACUGGAGUGUGCAGUAUUUAGCAGCUCUGUUACAAGACGAACAGAAACUGAUGGCGUGUGGAUGUAACUGAAGGGGUCUUUUUUUUUGUCUUUCUUUAACUUUACACAUUUGCGUGUUAAGGUUCAGUAGAGUGGGGUAAUCCUGUGGAUGUGGGCAGGCUUUGUAAACGAGUGUCACAUCCCGGCUCUUUUUCCUGGUGGGAGACAGCCGGUCUGUCGAUGCGACCUUUUGUGACACUUCCUGUCUCCUCUGUCUCUUCCUGUCAGGGGGGCGAGUGAAAACCUGGAAGAGGAGGUGGUUCAUCCUGACCGACAACUGCCUCUACUACUUUGAAUACACAACGGUGAGUGUCCUACUAAGAAAACGAGAUAAAAUCCUCCUUCUCCUCCUCCUCGGCUCAUUUUCUUCAGUGACAGUUGGCGUCCAGAUGUGUUUUCGUGUUUUUCUAAUGGUGUCACUCUCAUUAGGUCGAUGUCUGAAUGUUUGUUGAGGGUUUUUUAUUUUAUUUUCAGGGCCUCUGUGUCCUCUUUAUCUGCUACAUCAGCAAUGUCCUCUCCCAGCCCUAGAAUUAUCCUCCAGGACACUAUCAUUAUGUCCUGUCCUCUGGUCUCACUGCUCCACAAACACAUUAUCUGUUCUGUUAAAGAGCGGUGAGGGGGAGGAAGGACGCUUUCUCUUUGCCUGUUUUCUGUCUUGUUUGUCUCUUACCUUGCCACCCUUCACUCUCUCUUUCACUCUAUUUCAGCUCCCUCGGUUGUUUUUCUCUCAUCUCUCGUGUUUUUUUUCCCCCUCUCUCCUUUAGGACAAGGAGCCUCGUGGGAUUAUCCCUCUGGAGAAUCUCAGCAUCAGGGAGGUAGAGGAGCCCAGGAAACCAGUGAGUGUUGCCUCAUUAUAGACCUCACCCUCGGCUCACACAACAAGCACCCUCUCCCCUGUGUUCAUGUGUCAAAGACGACUUGGCAUCUAUUUACGUCGCGGUAUAACCGAUCCGCUCUUUCUGUUUGUCCUCCAGAACUGUUUCGAGCUCUAUAACCCCAAUCACAAAGGCCAGGUGAUCAAAGCCUGCAAGACCGAGGCGGACGGUCGUGUUGUUGAGGGAAACCAUGUGGUGUACAGGAUAUCAGCGCCCACGCCGGAGGAGAAAGAGGAGUGGAUUAAAUCCAUAAAGUAAGACUCCUCACAAGCACACUCAAAGAGAAAGUUUGACGUGUUUUUACACUUUUAUCCCGGCAGUUAGCGGAGAAAGUUUCUUUUUCUUUGUCAUCCUAAUGUUUUGCAAAUCUUCAGUUAAAAAACUCUGUUUUCCGCCGACUGAUGGAGACAUAAAUCAGAGCGGUUUAUAAAGUACAGCCAGCAGUUUCCGUUGUUUCCAGUCUGUAUGCUGAGGUAGUUUUUCCGUCUUCACAUUCAACAGACAAGAACAUUUCCAUCACAAGUCUGCUUGAGUUUCCAGAAAUCUUGAAAUGCCCCUUUAAAUACAUUCUCCCUGGAUUUUCACUUGUCCUGAAAGGGAUAUUCCGGCAUGAAUUUAAGUUAUGGUCAAAGACACCGUAACACCAAGUUAGACACCCCGUUGAGAGAUGAAUGUUGCCGACCGCUUGCUUCUCCAGUUAUACCAACUUAGUAACUUUAGUAACGAGCGCACGAUAGCAGUACACAGCGGUCUACGUCUCCACAUGCACACCUCAACCAAAACGCCUUGAGCUGCGAAACUCCGCUGUAUUCGGUGAUCGACUCAUCAGGGCUGUUAUGGUGUGUUUGACCAUAACUUAGAUUUAUGCCGAAAUAUCCCUUUAAGUUCCAUCUUACUGAACUUUAUUUAGCCACUGUAAUUUUUUUGUUUUUCCAUCGGCAUUUUGAAAUGAUUCAGAAAAUAAAAGUAAAUAUAAAUGCUCCUUCGACCUAACUUUAAGUCUGUAGAGAUUUUGUCCUCUUAGCCAGUCCAGUUUUGCCCUUUUUAAUGAGAAUAACAAUAACUUUAUUGAUCCCCGAAGGAAAAUUCAAUAUUGUCUGUUAGGAAAAAAUAUAGAUAUUAAAAAAUACAAUUUUUAAAAAUAUGUAUUUUUAAAGAAUAUUCAAUGAUAUAUUUUUUUUUUUUUAAUAAUAAAAAUAUUAAAGAAAUAUUUGAAAAAAUAUAUAUAUAUUUUUUUCAAUGUAGUCAGUUAGGAAAAUUCAAAAUUCAAUUGAGGUUACUUUGUAUUUGUUUUCUUCACUUUGGUUGAUGUCUCAGUGGAAUCAGAUGUACUGUGAGUCCUGUCCAGGGAUAAGUGUUCCCUUUGUGAUUUAGCGUUGAUAACCAAUCAGAAUCAAGUGUCUCUCACAGCCGGUUUAUGAGUAAUAAAGCUGGAUAGUUAAUACUGAUAGUGGAGUUUCUGUGCCGCUGUAAUCAGGUCUUCCUUCUUGUUGAAAAAGGCGACUUCCUUUGGUGCCAAACUUUCCCCACAAGGAUAUGAACCAGCAUUUAAAUGUUUUAUUUCAAUAACUUCAGCUCAUUUAAUUCAAAGUCCACAUUUUUCCUCCUUCGUUAUCUUGUCUAUAAAAACUGAAAACAGCGUAGAGCAAACUUCGACUGCUGUGGGUUCAAAAGCAAACCAAAUCUCUCCUUUUUGCUUGUACAAUAUUAAUUUUGAUAGCACAGCAGAGAACAAAUGUGUGUUUUUGAUGCUGUUUGAAUCACUCCACACUGUAGCUCUCAGUAAUAGCAGCGUUUCUGUCGGUGACCUAAAUGUUGCUCUGUAAUCGCCGGCGUAAAGAUGGUGCAAUGUCAAAGAGAGUUGGCUCAGCAGAACAGAACACUUGUAUACUGUAAUAUAGUGCAAUCCCCUCCCCCUCCUCCACCUCCUCCUCCUCCUCUACUCAUACUCUCUGAGAGUAUUCACCGGGGGAAUGAUGGAGGAUUAGUCACCGCUUAUAGCACCCUGAGGUGAGCCAGCAAACCCAGCAAACCCAUCCAGGAGAGGAAGCUCCAAACUGGGCCGAUGCGUUUGCAGCCAGGGAGGCUAACGAGCCACAGCUUGUGCUUCACCAGAGGGGUCCAAGAGGACUGAAGGUCUGGGGAGAUAAAAGGCGCUUUAUGGAAAUCCUGAUUUCCCCCUUCUUCUAAAGUGGAGAUGAUCAGAGAGGCAGCGCUCUUUCUUCUGAUCUUCAGUCACAAACACACAGAUCCAGAUGAUUGUGGACUAAAGGGGGCCAGAGCAGGAAGUAGAGCAGUUUUCCUGAUGAGUUCCUGCAGAGAGAAAAACACGUGUCUGCGUGUUUGUUACUUCUGAAUCUUUUAAAAUAGAUCAGGUUUUAGACAUAAUUGUGGAAACGUUAUUCUGAGUAAGUCAUUCUAGCUGGGUGUGGAUUGGAUCCCUCCACAAUAGAGUUUUUGUCUCUUGAAAUUGGGUUGUGCAAAACGACAAAGAGCCGGAUAGUCAUCAUACAGUGCCUCAUUCUUCGGCGUGUGGCGUUGUAAAGGGAAUCAGAGAUAUCCGCAGUGGGGGGUUGAGCCUCUUCUUGCUUUGUGCUGGUGCUAACAGGAUUUAGCAGCCGUGAAACUGGGCUCCUCGGUAGAGCCCGAAUGGCUUCCUGACUCACGCGCUCUCAUUGUACGGGAGGGGAGCGGGAGAAUGCUCUCGACUCGAUAAUCUCCAGCGACAUUGUUCGCUCUCCUCCAGGUUUACAGGCGUGUAGAGGAGCAGGUGGAGAGUUAGCAUGUUUGUGUGUUUUACUCUUGUUUGAGGAGGUUCCUGCAAAGUGGAGUAAAAACUUAGAGGUGGGAGGGGAGGGGAGGGGGUUCCUCUUCAGAAACCAUGGAAACCAAACUAGGUCACCGCACAAACUUUGUUCUUUUUUUUUGAUCUAGUUAGGCAGGGGUUUGUAUAAAUGUGCCCACAUUUCCAUAUCAAAGAUGCUCAAGACUGUCCUCUCAUGUGGCCUCGUUAUUUAUUUCAUCGCCGUCCUUUGAUUGGCUUCUUCUCCAGGGCGAGCAUCAGCAGAGACCCCUUCUACGACAUGCUGGCCACCAGGAAGAGACGCAUCGCCAACAAGAAGUGAAAAGGGACAAUCUUCUCGACCUCCAGCCCCGCCAUCUUUCUCUCCUUCAGCUCAUGAACUCAGAAACUACACACCGUGUUUCUGUUCGACCGCAGAAAUGACUGUCGACCCCAGAAAAGACUUCACAAACUUCAGUUCUCCGCUAGGGGUGACAGCGCAGCUUCAGGAAGCUCGGAUAUGUGGACUUGCAUGAAGCGAAACGUGAACGACCAAUCAGCUGGUUUGUUCUCCUGUCAUCUCACACACACCCCCUACCUCCCCCUCUCAUACUCAGAACAUGUUUCUAGGUCUUUUUAAAGCACAACUGCCAUGUUUCAGGUGCACAUGCAUGCAUGUGGGUUACUAUAGACCAAUAUGUUUGUGUUUGUAUGUGUGUGUAUGCAGCUGUGUGCAUGCUAUCAGUGCACACACAUUUUGCAGUAUGGGUGCAAAAGUUAAGCUAGCGUUCCCUCCACUGUGCUUUACGGAAAAAAAGUCAAGAGUUCAGAUGUGUGAGUGCAGUUUCAGAAGAGGACUCAAUCGUGUGUGGACACCUCACCUGGAUGACUCCACCAUCUCACUCUGAUGCUGAAUACUUCUCUACAGGUGCCAUGACUGAAGCCCCGCUCAGAGUAACCUCAGAAAACAGCGCCGGCUUACACGACGGUUCCUGAAGUCAGCUGGGCUGAUUUCGCUGAUCUGUGUGGAGCAGAGAGUUUCGGAAACGUGCAUACUUCUUUUUUUUGUUUUUGUUUGAGUUGAGCAGAAGAGAAGCUUUACUCGAGGCUUCAGAUGAAACUUGCUUUUUGGACUCAAAGUUAUAAUCCUUAAGAUUUCACAUCUGGGUUGAUUAGUCAGUUUUUGUGUUAACUGGAGCUCACAGCAGAUGGGGCCUGAAUCUGCAGCUGUUUGCUCUGCAGCCAAUCAGAUUUACAUGGUUGCAAUGAAGCAGACACUGUCGUUACUUAAGUGUAAGUAUGGAGACUCUGAAGGUUAUCUCCAACGAGUGGCUGCACACCGCUAUGAAUUCGACGCCAAAUAAUCCUCAUAUCAAGAGGACAAGAUUUUGGCGCCAAAAUCUGCACCAAGUGAAAGUUCUUCACAGGUAGAGGGUCGCCAUCUUUCUCCUGUUUCCACCACUGAGGACCUUUAAGGUCCUUACACACCAGGAAUGACGUAAAUGUAUGACACGAAAUUCAGAAAUAUUUGGAGGCGAAUUUUGACUUGAAUCAGACGUCGCAACAACACGCAGUCUGAUUGGUCAGAAGUGGACACACAGUAUGCAAAACUUUAGGAAAUUCAACUGUGAUCUGAAAAAAUAAAUGCCGCAACAUUGCAGGACGGGAAAACGUCGCUGAUGUGAACGCUUAUAUUGACAGGAUACGGGUUCAAAAAAAAUAUUGAUGUCCAAAAUAAUCGCAUGAAAAAAAUGCUCCUGGUGCGAAAGGACCUUAACCCUAACCCUCAACCAACGGACGAUUAUGUUUCACAGCUAUUAGGAAUAACCAAUCAGAGCCCAGCACUUCUAGCCAACCAGAGGCAAAGGAGGGCGGGACCUUCCCCUACCAUUCAUCCGAAAAAAUCUCAUGAAAAAAUAUUCCGGUUUGUGUGUAAGGACCUUUAAUGUUUUUAAAGCAAAGGCAAAGCAUACCUAAAUAUUUAUAGAGAGUGACUCCUUCAAAAUAAAAGCCAUAGUAUGAAAUAUCGGUGCAUAUUUACACAGUUAGACGUCCCACCUUCCUCCCGCUGAUCCAUAAUUAAUUUCUUUUCAGAUCAAACAAAUCUUAAGGAUUAUAAUUGAGAAAAAAGACACUUUCUUUAUGAAAAGUCCUUUCAGUCUUCUUAUUUAUGUCUGUGCAUCGGUCCAGUAGGGAACCAGUCCUAUUGAGCUUUUCGUUUUACGUCCAUGACCUACAGUCUGUCAGUGAAGGUCCAUGUGUUGCCGUGAUCCUGUUUGGUUUGUAAUCCUAAGAAUCCUUGCUUGCUUUUGUGUUCUCCUUUCCAAGUACAUAUGAAUAUAACCGACUCUUCAUUUUGUAUUUAUUUUCAUUUGUGAACCGGUUUUACUACACUCUGUAAAUGUUCAACGACGUAUGCUUAAGUUAUGUAUGUGUAUAUAUACUGUAUAGGUUCUCUGGUCUCUUUGAUGUGGUAUGCACACUCUGUGUAACAUGUUUGAGCCGACGGGCGGAAGUUUGCAUCAGCUGACGUUUGGGGUCUUCUUUGCAAAAGCCUUAAACAUAAUCAUGAAAAACAAAAAACAAACAGAUAAUGAUGAAGAUGAAGAUUAUAACAGCGAUCAAUAACUGUGAUGUUGCCGUUCAAAAGCCAUGACUAGUGAGAGAAUGAUGGUUGUAUUUUCAGUGAUGAUACAGAUUAUAAAGAUUAUGAUGUUUGAUGUUAAUGAUGAUGAUUACAGUGAAGUUUUAUCAGUGAUAAUAAUAAUAAUUAUAAUAAUAAUAAUAAUGAUGAUGAUGAUGAUGUCAAAAAAUUAUAAAACCAGUAGUUUUCUAUGUGAUUUUGAAAUGAAUUUAAAAAGCCUUGUGGUCAGGGCUGAAUAUUAUCUUCUCAUAUUAACUUUUAUAUUCUCUGUAAAAGCUCUUGGUCACGUUGUACAUUACGUGUAUCUAUAUAAAGUAUACAUAAAGCUA